AUGAUGAAGUACCCUAAAAUUAGCCUUCUUACUACUUUGUCAAGACUGCAUGCAGGGAAGCAAGUAGCCUUCAGUGGGGAGAGGAAAGAGGCGCUGGAGAGGAAAGACCUGGGACUCGCUCACACACAAGCAGGUCACGCCACUUCCCUCACGGUGAGCUGAGCUGGCUUCUAUUCAAAUUUCCACAAUGGAUUAUUUAAAUGUGACCCACUGUGUGCAAGUGUUCUGGGAUGGAGGUAGGGAGGAUAUUACAGUGACAGCACCAGGGAAAGAGAAGAGUUGUUUACUACUUGAGAAUUGGUGGGGUGAGCAGUGGGAUGAAGGCAGUUUAAUUUUAAAAGAAAGGGGUAGGUUUUAUAUUCUCACAUGUUUUUGUAAUGGAGUUGAGGGUGCUUGUUCAAAGCCUAGUUGCAUCAAGGGCCUUUACCACAUGAAAAAGGAUUGAAUAGAAGGAGAUUAUCCUUAAAACUUAGGGCAGCAAGCUUUACAACUAAAUUAAUAGUUUGACAGUUCUGGACAUACCUUUUCUAUUUGUUUAGAAUAUUAUGGUUUUGAUGUGUGACUACUGUACAAUAAGGGAGACGCGGGUGGCGCUGUGGGUAAAACCUCAGCGCCUAGGACUUGCCGAUCGCAUGGUCGGCGGUUCGAAUCCCCGCGGCGGGGUGCGCUCCCGUCGUUCGGUCCCAGCGCCUGCCAACCUAGCAGUUCGAAAGCACCCCCGGGUGCAAGUAGAUAAAUAGGGACCGCUUACUAGCGGGAAGGUAAACGGCGUUCCGUGUGCUGCGCUGGCUUGCCAGAUGCAGAUUGUCACGCUGGCCACGUGACCUGGAAGUGUCUGCGGACAGCGCUGGCUCCCGGCCUAUAGAGUGAGAUGAGUGCACAACCCUAGAGUCUGGCAAGACUGGCCCGAACGGGCAGGGGUACCUUUACCUUUACCUAUGAAGCUCUCUUUUUCUUCUAACAAUGAGCGGUAGCCAUUUAUCAACUUGGAAGUUACCUUACACACCUCCUUCAGUAUCUCAAAAAAGUACGUAACUAGAGGUUUAGGUAAAUGCACAUUUAUUUAAAUGUAACCAGUCUCUUCAGUUUAAUUUAAUGGGUUGAUAGCCCUAGUAAAAAUUGGAUGUACAACCUGUUCUUCCUGUGCUCCCAGACUGAAUUUUCCCUGAUGUUUCCCUCUCCCCUCACAGAAUAUUUCUGAGAAGCCACAAUAUUCACUUGGGAAUAAAGAGUGCUGUAAUGAUGCAGGAAUAGUUGCAAGUGAGGGAAAUGGGGACAGUGGGGGCAGGGAGACAUAGAAAGAAUGUUAAUGUGUUGUCACAUGUUUUGUGGAUGUGACUAUAAGAAGAAAUAUUGAAACUGCAGAAGGGAAAGAAACCUAUAGAAUAUUUGUUUAAGGAGGGGAGGAGGACAAUAAGCAGCACAACUGCUUGGAUGGUUGAAUAGUGAACAAAUUACAGAAAUUAGGGCCACUGUCCACACGCAACAGUUCCAAAACAAUGUAAGGAAAGCAGGGAUAGUGUCACAGGGCUUCCCUUAUUUAACUUCCUGGGAUGAAGGAAGAGGUUUCCCAAAAGCAUCCUUUAACCCCAUUAAAAAAAUAUCAAACAUAAUAAAGCUGCUCAUUAUGGAAAUAAUUUUAACCCCUUCCUUGAACCAUAAUAUUCUUAAGCUUCCCUGGGAUACUUUUCCUACUGUAAUAGAAGUCAAUAGGACAUUCCCCAGAAAACCAGUUUGAUAUUAAAAAAAAAUCCUGGAAGUAAAGAAAAGAGACCUUUUCACCCAUGUGAAUAUAAGUUAUGGUCCAGGAGGCAGAUCUACAUAUUUUAAAUAACUGGCCACUCAUUCUUGUGAGAGAAUGGAGUAGUGAAUGAAGCCAUAGGUUGUGAUCAAAAUAAUGAAAUACUGUUCCCUGUUUGUACCUAUUUGUGUUUCCAAAGCCAGCCAGGUCAGCACAUUAGCCAGCCUACAUUGUGUUCCUCAUUUCAUCCUGAACAGUGAAAAAUUGGUGAGUGAUGAUACCUUCUACAUUCUAUCUGCAAGCUUGGUGGUACUAGCUGUACCUCUCCUAAGGCAGUUGCCAAUGGUCAGCUGUUUCAUGCGCACAAUACUAUGAAGUUUCAGAGGCUAUGGUGUCUGAACUGUAAGGCCAGGUUAUCUAUUUGUGGAUCAAAGAAAGUGCUUUCUUGUAGUUCCCUUCAGCAUAGGAAGGAUUCCCAAAAUCCACCUACUCCCCAGCAUUUAAAAAUAAAUAAAUCAUUUUAGUAGUUCUGCAUACUGUAUAAGGAAUUUACUUAAUUGUUUAUGUAGGUCAAAAUCCACAUUUCCGUGACCUAAAAGCAAACAACAUAUGAUGUGCCCUAAAAAUAAAUAUUUUGAAUCCUUUUUCUGGCAUUCAUUUCUGAACAAGUGAAUGUGCAUAGAGCUCUGAAUCUCCAUUUUCCAGGGUACCAGUUCACUCAUAGAGGUGUAUGCAUUCAUGCGUUCAGGUAUGUGCAGGUAAACCCCAUGCAAAUGUUACCUUUAAAAGAGUGAAGGCCAGCCAAGAGGUUUGCCCUCAAACAUGCAUUCUGUGUUCAUUUGUGCACAAAUGAAUGUCAAUAAGAACCUCGAAAUGCAGUGAGUGCAUGUUCCACCAUACUUUAGAAUAUAUGUUUAUCUUCACCCUAAUAUGAAAAUGUGUCAUACGGUAUGCUCUAGACCAGGGGUCAGCAAACUUUUUCAGCAGGGGGCCAGUCCACUGUCCCUCAGACCUUGUGGGGGGGCCGGACUAUUUUUUUUGGGGGGGGGGGAAUGAACGAAUUCCUAUGCCCCACAAAUAACCCAGAGAUGCAUUUUAAAUACAGUGGUGCCUCGCAAGACGAAAUUAAUUCGUUCCGCGACUUUUUUCGUCUUGUGGUUUUUUUCGUCUUGCGAAGCAUGGUGUUGGAAAAGCUUUGGAAAAGCUUCAAAAAUCACCAAAGUCUUCAAAAACCUCAAAAAAGACUACCACACCGCGUGCUAUGAGUUGCUCCUCGAAGUCAAGUCGCAACUGUAUUAACGGUUUUAAGAAAAAGGAAACAAACUUGCAAGACGUUUCUGUCUUGCGAAGCAAGCCCAUAGGGAAAAUCGUCUUGCGAAGCAACUCAAAAAACCAAAAACCCUUUCGUUUUGCGAGUUUUCCGUCUUGCGAGGCAUUCGUCUUGUGAGGUACCACUGUAAAAGCACACAUUCCACUCAUGUAAAAACACCAGGCAGGCCCCACAAAUAACCCAGAGAUGCAUGUUAAAUAAAAGGACACAUUCUACUCAUGUAAAAACAUGCUGACUGUCCGCGGGCCGGAUUUAGAAGGCCAUUGGGCUGGAUCCGGUCCCCGGGCCUUAGUUUGCCUACCCAUGCUCUAGACUCUUAAAAGUACAUUCACAGCCUAUAUACAAACUUAUAUUAUCCCCAGCCCCUAAAUAACCACCCAAUUGAGAAUUCCUGAUAGGCAGGGGAAGGAAGUUCCUAAACCAGGGUGUGGCAAGCAAGAGUAACUUUCUAAAUAACUUUUACAUUUGCAUGUGACACAUGGAGAGUGCUAUCAAGUGGCCAACCUCAGCUGACCACAGAAAUUGUGUGGGACAUAUGAAUAGUAAAUAUUUAUAGGCAACAGACUUGAUACAAUUUUUAACAACUAUCACCUGCUUAGAACUUUUACAUGUUAAAAUGUGUUGACUCGCUGUCACAACCAUAAUUUCAUAAGAGCCUUCCUUACAAUUCUUACUGCCAUGGUUUUCCACUUAGUAAUGACUUAAUAUUUGACCCCAAAGCUCAUAUGCAUCUUGGUGUGUUUGUGUAGAAGUGUAAAUUGAGUGUCCACAAUGCUGUGCAUAGCAGAAGAUACUCUUUCUUUGCUGCCCUGGGCAGGGCUGGGCCUACUGUUAGGUGGAGUGAAGCAGCUGAUUUUGGACAUCAUGAAAGGGCAGCAAAUUGAUAGUUACUUACUUAAUUUUGGUAUUUUUUACUGUCACGGGGAAGGAACAUGCACUUGUGGGAUUUUCCCACCUCAGGUGCCAAAUUAAUUUGAUGGGCUCUGAGCAUUAUGUAUCUUGACUUGAAGCAGAUGGGGAGGGCAGGGGAGAUCUCUAGUGAAAUUCCAAACAAAAUAUUUUAAUGUGCCAGUAAUUAGGAUAUUUGUGAUUAUACUAGUCAUAUCAAAUGACUGAUAUUUAAAACCUAAGAAGGUUAGGAAAUAACCUAACACAGUUAUAUUAUUAGACUUUACAAUGUUUCUCAGAAGUGAAAUUCACUGAUUUAUUGUGGUCAUUUUGGACGGUAAGAUGGAUGCAGCCUUACUAUGCUACCCCUCCUGUUUUCUUCACUAAACAACCAUGUAGUUCUAUGGUCUGUCCCUUGGCUUCCACCAUAGGCUUGGUCAAGGAGUGAACCCCUUUUGUACUCUUGCACCAGCUUACUAGUACUAGUGCCAGAACCUCAAAGCCUUAAAUAUCCUGAAUCUUUACCAGCUGCUUUCUGUCCCCUGCAAGUUGGUAUCUGUCUGAAUUUCCCCCUCUUAAUAGUUUAGUGCACUGUGCACAAGGAUUCGCCACUGGUUGGGACCCAAAAAUGGCCUGAGCCCUGACCAGCCCACCAUAUCCCUUCUUUAGCAUGUUGAUCACACCAGCACUCUUUUUCUGGUGAGAAAGAGAGAGAAGCAAAGGAGAAAGAAAUAGACAGUACAGAAAGGGGUUCUGUGAUGCAGAUUGGUGUUAAAGGUGCUAAAAAAAAUGAAAGACUGCUGCAAUAAAGCAUAGGCUGGAAAUACUUUUGUUUUGUAAAGGUCAUUAUUUCCUUGUCCUUCUCCAUCUAAAAUACUAUGGGAAACUUCUAUAUUGUUCUUCACACACAGCGUUUCUUCCGCUCUAGGCCCCUCCUAAUAGAUUUUCUAUAAAGAGCAAUCUGAACAAAAGACUUCAGUUACCACCACCUGGUGCCUUUACAUUAGAAAUCAACAGUUCACCGCCUAAUAUACAAAGAUACAAAUGCAUGCAAUCUGGCACUAUAGGUACCUAGCAAACUAAAGCACAUCUUAUUUUUCAUAUACAACGAACAAUUGAAUGAAAAUCAUAAAAUGAAUCUGUUGCGUCUUCCAGAUUAAAAUGACAAAACUGACAGCUUCUCAUUUAUUUAUAUUUCAUAUACUCUGUACAUAUGGCACAAUUUGAAGGGUUGGUUCAAAUUGUAAUCUCAAAAUUCAUUCUAAGUAUGAAGGAUUUAUUUCUCAGGAGUGCUUGAACUGAUAGAAAACAAAGCCUAGUGAAUGAUAAAAGUAAUGAUUCAGUUUAAGUUAAAACUGAGCGGCCUACAUAAAUUUGUUCAGCUACCAAUUCUCUUGAAGCCAAACAGUUUCUUCAACCACUCUCAUAACUCAUUCAUGUUAAUAGACAAUAAAAUCUUAAUUAAAAACGUUAGAACUGCAACCUGUGUUUUUUAAAAAAAUACACACAAUCUUUUUCUAAUAAUUGGAACUGGCAGCUACUGUUGUAAGCAGCUGUUAAGUAAGGUUAUUGUUUUGCUUUCUCUUUAGGAUUUCUAAUAGCUUAAUUAGAGUUUCUUAGACUUACCCAAAUAAUUGUUUUUUAAAAGAUCAUUUGUUCUAAGCUUGUGAGCCAGGUCUGCUCUUCCUUGUUGGAGAAAACAAUUAAGCAUAUCACUGGGAAAAGAAGCUUUAAUUCAUAGCUAGAGAGAUUUCUCCUCGGUCACACAUGUACUAACUAGUCUAAAAAGGUUUAUGUUCAUGCAUAGUCUGUCAUUAUCAGACUAUAUUUUAAAUGCUAUGACCUGUUCCGUUUUGCCCAGUCAUAGUGACUCAGCUGAUAAUUUAGGCAUUAGGGAACACAUUGGCUCAGGAAGCAAAUUAAAAAGCUCAGGAAAAUAUUCUUCCUUAACUUUAUAGUAUAGGCAUUUAAGCAACUUUUCUGUGGUGGUGGGGUACAUGGGAUAUAUGUUGUUUGUUUAAUGGGAAACGGAGGGAUUAGCUGGAAUUAUAGGUGCUUUUCAUUAAAUGUUACCCACCACACAACAAAUGCACACCCCUUUUGGCUAUCCGAGGGAGACUUUUUGCCAUUCCCUUGGUGGCACUAGAAAGAAGGUCUCGCUGGCGUAUAAUUAGACAGCCUGCUCACCACCAUAUGCAUUCAGUUAGCCAACCUGCUUUUGCAUACCUGGCAUAAAGGCAGCGCUUCACUGUGAAUCCUGUUUGUCCUUAGCACCAUUUUUUCUUUAUAAAUGCCUUCUUAUUAAGAACAGUAACACCAUAACAUAGCAAAUCAGGUUUGGCAGUACUUUGAUGUUUCUGAGAGUGAACAAAGCUAAUGUAGAGUGAGGUACAAUGCAAUGCUUCCUGAGUAGACAUUGCCUACUCUCUGACGUAACUUUGUGACCUCAGCCCAUAGUCAUAUCUGAUGGGCUGUGUGGCAACACUGCUGUUACUAAAAUGAAGAAGACGUCUGUGGGGUGUGUGUGGAAUGGCACCAAAGCAAUAGGUGACUGGAGCUGUGAAUAUCACUAGUGAGUAGAGCUGCCAUAUAUCCCACUUCACAGAUGGCAACCCUCCACUUCCAGAGGCAGCAUGCCUGUGAAUGCCAUCAGCUACUGAUGGUAUUGAUGGUGUGGAGUAGUGGUUAGUGUUAGACUAGGACCUGGGAGACCAGGGUUUAAAUCCCAACUUUGUCAUGAAACUCACUGGAUGAACUGGGGCCACUCACUGCCUCUCAGCCUAACCUACCUCUUAAGAUUGUUGUGGGGAUUAAAUAAGGAGGAGAAAAACCAUGUAUGCCACCUUGAGCUUCUUAGAUAAAAAGGUGGGAUAUAAUGCAGUAAACAAACAAACAAAUCUCAAGAGGGGAUUUAGAGUUAUCUAAAGGAUAUCCUUCUGCACUCACAUUCUGUUUGUGGGCUUUCCACUGGCAAGUGGUUGGCCACUGGGACAAUAGGAUACUAGACUAGGUAGCCAUUGGCCUGAUUCAGCAGGACUCUUGUGUUCAUAUGACUCCCAUGUUUCAUCAGCCCCAGCCAGGAUGACCAAUGGAUGGGGAUGCUGGGAGCUGUAGUUCACAACAUUUGAAAGGCCACAGGUUGUUCACCCCGUUACAGUGGUGAGAAUGUUGGAAUAGGACAAUAUGACCUAGAUUUAAAUCCUCACUUAGCCAUAACAUUUGGUGGAUGACCUUGAGGCAGCCAUAUACCUCUCAGCCUAACUUAACCUCACAGGAUCAUGACAGAGAUGGGAUUCACUGUCCAUACAAACAUUGUGAAUUGUGCAUGCAACCUUGAAUGCAGGAUUCGAGCAUUAUCUAUCCAUGGGAUCUACAACAGCAGCACCCAAUCCACUCAGGAUCUUCCCUGAUGGAUUACGUCUUGUGACAAUAUAUUGGCUCCUUCCCAAACAGCAAACAGUGCCACUAGGAUGGCAAAUUCUUUAAUUUGCUAUAUAAAUGUUUUGCAGCAUAUUUUUUCAUAGUAUACACCAGCUGUCAACUCACUUUACAUGUAAAUGAAUGAAAUUUAAGGCUAGAGCAAAGAAGUGAUUCAGUAGCAAAGGAAUAGAAGAAUUCCAGUCAGAGAAGUAAAAAAAUUAGAGGGAGGGAAUUUAGGCUGAUGCAGUCAUAUAAGUUUUCAAUAGACUUGGUGAAACUCUAAACAGCAUUUUCCAAAGUUAGUAUUAUUAACCAUAUUGACUGGCAUGAAGAAAUAACUAUGCCAGAUUUAUGGUGAAAGGAGGAGCAUGUUAAGUUUUAUAGAAACUUCUGCCCCAGCUUAGUAUUUUCUUUCAGUGUCAGAAUAUCAGUUCAGGUUAAAGGCUGAAGUAUGACACUGUUUUGAAUUGCACUGUUUAAUUGGCUUCUUGGUUUGCUAAUAUCCUAGAAAUAUACCAAUAAUAUCAGAUUUAUCUGGCAGCUCCUGACUUCUUCUUUUUUCAAAUUUUCUGCCACAUUAGUAAUUCAGAGAACUUUAGACUAAAUAGUUUUUGAUAUUAGGAAAAUAUACAAGACUGGAUUUCACGGAGCCUAUUCUCCCAACUCUAUAACUUUAACUCUUCCCUUUCCAAAUAGUAUUGCCUUUUUAUCAAACUAUUUUCUUAAAUGGGGUGGGAUGCAGAAUCAUGACCAGGAAUUCAGUAAAAAGGGGAGGGAGUAUUUAGCCUUUCUUCGCAAAGAAUGAUAAUAACCCAUACAAACAUCUGGUGUUGGGGGAAAUGGAACUGUCUGCUUGGAAGCAGAGUUGUUAUUCCAUUUCCAGUUCAAAGUGGAGCAGCAAUGAUUGGGUGGUGUUAAAUCAUCCAUAUUCGAAAGCAUCCUUAGACUGAAUAUUUGAAACUAAUGCUUGUUUUUUUGGAGUUCUCCCUUUGAGCGAUGAUGUGAGGUUUCACAAAGUGUAGUACAUGCUCAGGAACAGUAGAGGGAGUGUGGCAAGCAAUCAGAGUGAAAAGAAACAAUGGUUUAAGUUUAAAAUCCAGCCACUAAUCAAAUGACUGCUUGCUGCUUCAACACAUUUGUAAUACAAAAGUACAUAUCAAUUCCUGUCAUAAAACAUACUAUCCAACUGUGCCUGUUUAAUACCUAUUGAUAGGCUGCCUGCUUUUCUUGCGAGAUAAUUUAUGCUGAACUUUGGAACUUCUGAAGGUGUGCGUACAUGGAGCUGGUUGAAUCUUAAAAAAAUCCCCAUUAGUGUGAUUGUUUCUGAUAAUGUGUUUCCUGAGCAAUGUAUUUUAGAAUUAAUAUUUUUUACUUUAAAAAAAAUCCCUGGCAGGGCACUACGCCAACUCCUAUGGCAAUGGUGUUUUUUUUUUAAUAUGCCUUGUUUAAAGUCCUACUAUGAAUCUGGACUGAGUAAGACAGCAAUUUCUGCCUUCCUAAAGGACAGGGCAUUUGUGCUGGAUACAAAAUGGGGUGAGAAGCCAGUGGAAGGAUUUGAGGAAAGUGUGACAUGUGGGCAGAACCAAGAGAUGUGAGUAAUUUUGGCAUACACAUUUACCUUUGCUGGAUUAGGGCAAUAGCAUUUUGGUAUUUUGUUUUAUUUGUGUGGUGUUAUAGAUCAAGUUGCAGUUGCUGGAGCUGUCAGGAACGUGACCUGUUUGUUUUUCUUACACACCCACACCCCAGUGGAAGGGAUAAAACAUUUGUGGAUAUGUAUAUUAACCAAUUCAUCCUUACAACUCUUGUUUAGAUGAUGAAGAAAAUAGAAGUGAUUUCAUGUAUCAUUAAUGGAAAUACUGCAUCCAAUUCUAGGAAUGGUGCCAGUGCAUGAGGCAGACAGCAUAUAAUUAAUAACUUGAAAACCCAGAAAGUAUGACGACUUGAGAACAGCCCAAGUGUGAUGUUGUCUUAUUUCUUUUAUGAUGAUGACGACUCUUAAGGGAGUACCAAGUUGCAGUGGGUUUAGUAUGUUACCGAAAAAGCAACUCAUUGUCUCUUGAGACAGACAAAUGCCAACAAUAACAACAGUUUGGCUAUUUUCAUGCUGCUAGGUGUGUACCAUCAGUCUAUUUUAAUAGAGUAUCACUUUCUUAUGUUUAAGUAGGUGCACUUGCCAUCAUAUUUUGGGACACCUUUUGCAGGCUGCACACUUGCACUUGCUUCUGUAACUGGAGUCAUUUAGGGCCUCACUUUCCCAGGGCAGGGAGCAGGUCUUACAGGACUUAUAGCCAAUAUGGUUUAUUAAUUACUGUUGAUAUUCUAAUUGCUGCUGUUCAGUUUUAAAGAGGUGAAUGUGGUUUUAAUUGGAUUGUUGUUGUUAAUAAUAUGCUUUCUGAAAUUUUGUACAGUGCCUUGAAAAAUGAAUUUAAAGAAUUUAAAGAAAAAUGAAUUUAAAGAUCAACUUCAUAUAUCAUAACAAGUUUGAGUUCACUGCUAUACAUUCUUCCCUCCAGACAUUUAGACACAGAUGUUGUCUCUCACUUAAAAACAAUAGCCAAAGAAGUUAGUGGUGUGGACUUCAGAAAAAGGGAUUCUGGAUUGAGUCACUAGGAACUUACGUGUGGAGACUGUGUCUUCCUCUAAUGUUUGACAUUUUGAGGGAGAUGUACACCUCUCCUCACUAGGACAUGUCUGGCAAGGAAAUGAUAUAUGGAUUCUUAAUCCUAAAAAAUGGUGGGGACAUAACCUUCACAUAUGCUGUCGCUUGUCUUCCUCUCUUGACAUUCUCCUGAUCCUGCCAAGAUUGCUGGUUUGGUGGGGAGGAGGAAUGCAAUACUACAUGCAUCAAAUGGUGUUGCCACAUCAUAUUUGGUCUGCAGUAUAUUCUCAGUUAGGAUCAAAACAGUUAUUUCUAUUGCAGAUGCAGAUACAAAUCAUUUAUAUUAAACGUUGAUGACAGAUAAUAUAAAAAAUUAUUACUAAUGAGAUGGCCACCAAAUAAUGGGCAUGUUUGCAAUUUGCAGCCCUUUGCCAUUUAGAGUUUGGAAUAUUCAAACAUGCAAAGAGAGGAAGGGGCAGAGGAGUGGCUGCCUUUGUCGUAAUGACCCUUAACUAUAUUUUGCGAGGGUCUGUUCAUAUACAUUUAAAUAGUGUCAAAUACAAACAUAGUGAUACUUUAUCUGUUUAUUUGAUUGCUCCACACACACCCUUACUGUGCAAGCAUAUAAAAAUGUGAAUUUUCUAAGACUGUUACAGAUUCUUAGGAAACCAGACACAGGUAAGAGCUGAACCCCUGGAAGGUGUGGGCAAGAUGUUACCGUAUGGUACAAUACAGCUAGCAGUACAAUACAGCUAGCAGAACCCCUGGAAGGUGUGGGCAGGAUGUUACCGUAUGGUACAAUACAGCUAGCAGUACAAUACAGCUAGCAGAACCCCUGGAAGGUGUGGGCAGGAUGUUACCGUAUGGUACAAUACAGCUAGCAGUACAAUACAGCUAGCAGAACCCCUGGAAGGUGUGGGCAGGAUGUUACCGUAUGGCACAAUACAGCUAGCAGAACAGCUAGCAGAUUUUACAGCAUGCAUCUGGUUUAUUUCUGUUAACAAUAGUUUUUGUUAAUUAAUGUGUGUUUGUUUGUUUGUUUGUGUGUGUGUGUGUGUGUGAGAGAGAGAGAGAGCGUGCAUAAUAUAAAUAUUAGAGUAUCCAACCUAAUUUCAUUUGGUUACAUUUCAGCCUGGAUUUUUUUCAAUGGAGUCCUAAAGCCUUUAUUUUAAAGCAGGUUCUAUUCAUGUCAGUAGUGUGCUUAGGAUCUCAGCCCUAUUUUCUCUUACUGUGCUUUUCAAAUGUUGAAUAGUCAGCCUUUUUACUGAUUCCAUUUUUUUAGGGCCACAGUAAUCAUUAUAGCGAAGGAUUGCCAUUGACUUAAAUGUGACUGGGAUCAAUCUCUACAUGACGGUAACUUUACAACUGCAUAACCAUAACUCUGUCUUCAAGAGUUUUCUGUUGGAAGUAUUUAAAUUAUGUUUACAAAUGGCUUGGUAACACCCUGAUAUACAUUAUUGGUUUCAAAAGUUGGAAUGUAUUUAUUGCUAUCUUUGUGGAGUGCUAAUGUGGCAUAAUCCAUAUUGAGAUUCCAUGCAGGAUUUAAAACCUCCGGAAGUGUUUGUGUAGAGUUGUGAAACUCCUCAAGAGUCUCUCCAGUACUGCAAAGCUAUGUAAGAGUUUGUAUGUCUUUGUGGAAGGGAGGGGUCUGCAAUGAUGUAACUAAACAUCCAAUUUCUUCACUAUUCCAGUAUCUAAGAUAUUCUUGGAGACUAGAAUAGUUGCGGAAUGCUAUACUUUUAUUUUUACAGUUGUAUCUAAUACCAGGAAAUUAAAAUAUAUUUAACCAGCCAGGAACUUCUCCAAUCAAUGUUCUGAAUGCCAUAAUCCGCUCUCCAUUCAGAUUGCUCCUUAAAGACCAUCCUUCCUCUGAAGCCAUUGGUUUAAUCCAAUUGAAACAAACUAGAUGCUACAAGGAACGUAUGGCAUUUGUGUGUCUGACCUAUCUCCCCCAGUAAUACACACUGAAAGUCACAUAUUGACACUGUGCCAUAACACUCUAAGUUCCCCGUCCCAGUUUUACUUCAUUGACCUCCCCAUGUAAAGGGUAGGGAAACUCUAAGUAUGAUUAUGUCAUUGCAUGUGCUCUCAGAGAUGAGAGUUCACAGCCGCCAUGUGGCCCCCUGCAAUGUCUAACUUGAACUCUAGUUCUUCCCAGUUGAAGCAAAACCAAGCUAUACUUUUUCUAUUCAUUGAAAUUUGCACCCAUCUGAAAUUUGCAAUGCAGUUCGCCAACCAAGGUUGUUGGUUUUUUUAAUGCAUCUAUUGGGGGAAGCGAGCAUAAAAAUGAGUAUAUUAGUGAAAACAACAUACAAAAAUGUCUGUGGGAUGAUUGCUUGCAAAAAUGUGUACAUUAGUAAAAACUGCAUACAAAAAUGUGUUUAUUGGUUAGUCCUGAUAUUUUUCAUAUUUAUUUCAGCUUAGCUGUGACUUAAUUAGCAUGAAUGCAACCUGAUUUAUUAUAUAUAACAACAACAGCAACAAAAUAUUUAAAAGAUCACAGCCUUAAUAGUGAUAAAAUGUGCUGUGUUCGCUUCGUAAAUCUUAGCUUAAGCCCCUGGGACAUAAUCCCAUAAACAGUUUCUGUUUAUUUCAGUGAGACAACAUGUCUUCAGGCUUCAUGUACUAGCAACAGAUGUUUAGGAUGGAGUUAUUAAUUAAAACAUAAGUGGCACCUCACAAACCAUGACCUCAUGCAACCGUUGCAGGCAAGAUGGUCUUAUAUGCCACUGCCGGUAUUUAGGAUUGCAUUUUCAGGAUGCAAGAUGAUAACCCACUGCAAGCUGAUUUGAAUGGAUCAGCCAGGCACAAUUAAAUGUCCUUGAUUUCAAUGGGAGAAUUAAGCACUUGCCUAAUUAUGUCUAACUGAAACCAGUUGGGACUUAAAAGGGUUUAACUUUAGCAGGAUCAUGCCUCCAAUGUUUAAUCUGUUUGAUUUUUUAAUGUAUAUACUCUUAGCCUUGAAUCUAACUAGUUAAAAUCUUAAGUCUUUAUUAGUGGUAUGUAAUCUUAGGCAUCUCAGAUAUUCUGAGCAAUAAGAAUAAGGAAGAGCUUAGAUCCCACUAUUUUCUAAUUUUAAAAUGAAUGUGCCUUCUUUGACAACAGUUUACGUAAAACAAUACAAAAUCCAUUUUGAAUGAGUCAUGCCAAGAGCGUGAGCAUCCAUCAAAGACAUUCUGGGAGGAGAUAAAAUGAUGACCCCCUCCCUUGCAUACACACACAUACCCCGUAGGUGCUGUUACAGCAAUGGAAUCCCUUUGCUCAAUAUUAUCCUGUCCAAUGAGGUGGAAUGUUUCACAGGCACAUGGUUUAUGAGUCUCAAAAUAACUUGGGACCUGCAAACGGACAAAUGCUAUUGCUUCAGUGGUGACAGGUUGUUCAGCUUCUUACAGCCAUCUCCCCCCAAAACCAAGGUUAACGCCUUUCCCCCCCGCUUCACCCGAUGGACUCCAAGACGUUUUGGUUCCAAAGGACUUGAAGGAAUUGCUUCAGUCAUUUUAAUCUCUUACUUCGGAAUCUUUAUCACCGUGAUUGUGUUGCCAGAGUUGGAUUUCAACAUCUGGAUAAAUCAGAAAAGGUAAUGUCUUUAACUUUCAAGAGUGAGUGUGUGUUUCGAUGAGAUUGCGCAGGUGCACAGAGGGUCCAGGAGGGAGAGAAUCCAUGUUAUAGCUGAAUGAUAAUUCUUGCUGAUAAAUCAUAUUAGGUGAGCAAGAAACUUUAAAAAUUCUCUGUCUUAAAUGUCGUAGAGGCACACAAGACUGAAUGGAAAUGAAAUAAUCUACAGAAUCUACAGAGUGUGAAGGGUGGGAGGGAGUCCAAAUUCCUUCUGUGCCUGUUUAGGUAUUCUAAGUAGAGUCGACAGAAGGCAAAAAAUGUAUAAAUUGCAUGGAUGAGAAAUGUCCCUUUUGAAUCCCCCUCUUAACCGUACUUUAAGCAAUUGCUUUGUAAUCACUAGCACUAAAUCCACACCAAUAAUCAGCAUUACCUCCUUAAAGAAAACACAUACAUAGUGUCUAGUUUAAUAUUGCCCUAUAUUUAAAGUCUUUUUAAAAAAAUGGGGGGGGGGGAGAGAGAGUAUGUGUCAUGUAAAAUGAUACUGCAAGCUAUAUUUAGGGUUUGGAGAUCUGCUCUGUGGAUUAAUGUACACAACAGCUGCAGAAACAGUCUUGCUCGAAGGGCAUUGCUCUCCCAACCCCCAACUCCCAUCUCUCUCUCUCUCUCUGAAAAAAAAUGUUUUUGAUGGUCAGUGGCAAAUGUUUGGCCUGAUAUGUUGCAACAUUAAGCAGUAAUUGAAAGAGCAUCGUGAAAUAUAAUAAAAGAAUGAACAACAUAAAAGAGAAUUUAGUAAACUCUUCGGUUAUCUGUUCGGAACAAUUCUUACAUAUCAAUUUACACAAGCAGAAAUGUUAUUAUUUUAAAUAAGUUUGAAAAAGAAGUUCCUGGAUUUGCAAAGCAAAGCCCCAUGCAGCAAUACAGCCUAUAAAUUUUAAACUCUUCAACUGUAAACACCACGCUAAAGUUAUCUAUGGUGGCAGAGGAUAUGUUUGCCACCCUUUCAGAAUGAAGAUGUUUAAAAUGUGAUCCUUAAGGCCGUGAAAAUGCAUUUCUCAAGAUACCACCCGAGAUUCUACUAACAAAGUUUGAUUACUCCAGAGUAAAUUGCUACAGGAUUGUAGCUCAGUCUUUUUAGGAAUAAAACUUGUAGAAUUAAUAUGCCUUGAAAUAUGGUACACAACUUAAUUAAUUUUAAAUAUUAUACUUUAAAGUAGUUGUCCCAUAAAAGUCAAUGAAAUUUGAUCAGAUAAAAAGUAGCACUUCAGCUUAACCAUGUUUGAGGAUUAUUAAUGUAAACACUUAUUCAGAAUUUUCAGGCUUGUAUAUAUAUAUAUAUAUAUAUAUAUAUAUAUAUAUAUAUAUUAUCAACAUUUUGAGGUAUUAAGUAAAAUAUUUUAUAUCUAUUUUAUAUCUAUGCUCUUUGAGGCUCCAAAAUUUAAUUAAUACAUUAAGAUGCAGUUAAUGACAUUAAAAAUAGCUAUCAAACAAUAUUAGCAAUUCAGGAUUUCAUUAAUAUGUGAGUUCAUAAAAAGAUCAGUAUACAGAAGUCCAUUUUGUAUCAGAUCAAUCCAGCUUAGAACAUUACAAUCCUGAAAUCACUUGUUCACUAGUAGUUCACAAUUGUAUCAAUGAAUUCAUUUUAUUUCUGAUCAUUGGGCUACAAACCAGAAUCCAGUUAUUUGGAAGUAGGCUCCAGUGAAACCAAUGGAAUUUUUUGCAAAUAAAGUAGCUUCAAUAUAGCAAUUGUUUAGUCAUCUUAAGUCGUAUUCGACUCUCCAUGACCCCAUGAACCAGAGCAUGCCUUGGAAACUCUCACUUUCUUCUCAAAGCAUCUCCUUUUUUAUGUCCAUGGAGAUUUCUUACUGGUGUGGUUUGCCAGUUCCUUCUCCAGGUGGAUCACAUUUAGUCUAAACUCUUGGCUAUGAACUGUCCAUCUUGGGUGGCCCUGCACAGCAUAGCUCAUAGAUUCUUGGAGUUAUUCAAGCCCCUUCACCAUGACAAGGCAGUGAUCCAUGAAGUGAUCUAUGUAAAAACACCACCACCACCUAAUUACUGUAGAAAUUAUACUGUUGCACGCCACCCCAGUCUCUGAUACUGCAGGGCUUCCAGGUUCUUACCCAGGGUUUGUGUUUCCUUUUGGAAUGAGGCACAGUGGAGACUGAGGUGUCUUUAUGAUAUAUGGUUUAUUUACACAGGUAUACAAGCUGAGCCUCCUCUCUGCUAAAGAGCUGGUGGGCUGAAUUUUGCCAUCAGUUCUUGUCCACCAAGCUGCCCACAGAUCUGUGUGGUGCAUGGCUGUAAUAGAAGAGAAUGGAGGGGGAGGUAUAAAAAUAGAGGUUGUUUGGUUUUUAGCAACCGAAAACUGUUCUUCACUGUAUGCACAAGACCGAACCACACACUUCAACUGCAGUGGAAUUCAGGGUGGCCUAUAUUUGGGGGCAGUAGAAUCCUGACUUUCCAUUUCUUUUUACAGAAGGCAAUAUAUAAUAUGAGUUGGUUCAUUAGAGUUUAACCCCACAACCUUUUUUUUUAGGACAAGGCUUAGCUUUGGAAUAAUGAAAUUCAUGAGACUAUAUUAAGUGGCGUAAUAAUGCAUUUGCUUAUGCUUGCAAGGUCACAUUUACACCAUACAUUUAAUGCAUUCUUAUUCCACUUGAACAGUCAUGGUUGUUAGGGGUGCUGAGAGUUGUUAGAAGACCCCUCAUGGAGCUACAAUUCCAGCAGCACCCUUAACAAACUACGGUCCCAAGGAUUCUUUGUGGGGAAACUGCAUAUAAGAGUGCUUUAAAUGUGGUGUGUGGAUGUGACCUUUAUUAGAUCAAUCUUCUACCCACUCUAAGCAGGUUUCUUUUGGGGGGGACGACACUGCUAUUAACCUAAAAAGAUACAUAGGUUUACUGGGCAUAACUACGGUACCUAUUCUAGUGAUUAACCAAACAACCCAAUUUUAUACCUGCCAUCUACAUUUCAUAAAAUUUUAAGUGAGAACUGUAUCUGGUCCCAUAAUCUAUUUGAAAAAACCAGUCACUGUGAGCUUUCUAUGUUAAGCAUGAGCAGCAACAGUUUGUAUGCUCAUGCCUGCUGGAGAAUGCCACUGCACAUGUGCAGAGUGCCCUUCCAUGCUGCUGAGUUGAAAUGACCGACUAGUGCACGUUUUACGGCUGAGCUCCCAGGGCCCAAUCCCUGGCUAUUCCUCUGCCUUCAUUGUAUAACUGCUCUGUGCUGUUAAGGAGAGAUCAUACAUCCUUUUUAAUAAUUCAAUAUCUAUAUAAAUGUUGUCUUAUGGGCUAUAUAUGUGAAAUAGCCAUCACAGGUCAAAAACUACAGACAGAUAUUUCAUGGAAGUUCAUCUAAAUCACAAUACUUUUCAGCAGGGGCACAGACCGGGUUGUUCAUUCAUUUGGGAAUUGUAAUGUGAUGAACCAGUGAGUGACGAUCAGGCAUAUUUGACUAAUCUCUUGAGUGCACCUGAUGCAGUAGUCUUUCCUCACUGUACUUUUAAAAAUGCAGUUUGACUAGCAAGGCAAUUAUGCCCUAUUCUUUUUUCUUUUCUUUUUUGCUGACAUAGUGUUUUGUUCUACUAUUGAUCAGGUUUUGCAGGUUUUUGUAGCCCUACAAAAACCUAUAAAACCUAUUAACUAAAGCAGGAUGAGUGAGGUGUACAAUGAUGGUUCUAAUGUAUGAUUGCUGCGUUCAAUAUUCUGGAGGCCCGGAGGGGAGAGGAAACCCAACUGUUAGCCUAAGAGAGGGAUAGCUCUGUCAGCAAGUUUAAUAUAAUUAUUUUAUUUCUCUCACUUAAAAAAGUAAAUGGCAAUCCAGUUGACUUCAUAGAAAUAAUACUUGUGAAGGUAUAUAGAUCAGAACAGUGAAAAAAACAGGAUUAAAAGGUAUAUAAAACAAAUUUAUUUGGCAGGGCCUCUUGUAAACCCAGUCCUACUAUACUAAAGAAACUAAGAUUAGAGUUGGAACUACAAGCAGUUACCUUUGAGAAGUUAUGGAGGGCAAAAGAGAUCACAAAGAAUUGAUGACAAAUAAAUAUAGUACUUUCCCCAUUAAGAAGGGGGAAAGAACCUAGGAAACUACAGAGAAAUUAACUUAGACUGCUGUUCUUUACCCACAUCCCUGGAAGUAAGUCCUGCUGCAUACAAUGGGACAUUCUUCUUAGUCAUGUAUAGGGAUUGCCCUGUUGGAGUGAAGCUGGAGGUCAAUGAGAAUUAAAAACAUACCAUAACAAGAUCAAUGCUGUGUUCUUUAACAUGCAAUUUUUUUAGUUGAUACCUCUUGGAAUGCAGUUGACAUUUCUUGCCAUAUGAUAUUGUCCUAGAUAUGCUAAGGGAGGAUUUAAGUAGAAGUUUCUUCAGGAGUUAUCAGAUUUGCUCACUGGGCACCUUGUGGUCAACUCAUGACAAUUCUUUCUCCAUCUCUGCACUGCAGAUUUGGGUAAACAACACAGCCAUCAUGAAUAGCACAGUUUGCUCUAUCACAGAAACAAUGCUCACAUACAGUUCCCCUGUGCCGCACUGUGCCUUAUUUUUGGUAACUAUUUUGAACAUACAGCAUGCAAUUCAGUGAAAUUUAAGAGUAUAUAAAUCCCAUGGAUUGAAAUGGGAGAGCUAAGCAUUGUCCUGACUGCCUGUAGGAACACAGCUGGUUGAAGAGCUGCUUUGGAAGAGGUAGCUUUCAAUUAUUUGUUUACUAGUAUGGGAUGAGAUUAGCAUAGACUCUGAACUGGGUGAUAUUUUCAGAAAAACGGGGGGGGAAACAGUAAAUGCUGUGGAAGGAAGGAUUAAAACAAAAACAACUUGCAAGUGUAAGCAUUAUAUUAGGUGAAGAUUGAAAAAGCAAAUGUAUGCAUAUAUUUUAAAAGGAUGAAUAUAGUACUUUUCGUUAAAAGAACCCAGGGAUUGUAACUGAUCACAAAUUAUAAAUAUAUGCCAGCAGUGUUUUGGUCUCUGCAGGGAGAGACUAUUUUUGGAAUGCACAAACAUCACAAGUAGGAUGUGACACCCUCUAUUCAGCACAGAUCACUCUUAUGCUUGAAUAUUGUAUCACCCAUUCCACAGCUCAGCUGAGCCACAGUAUUUGUACUGAAGCUUAUCGAAACAAAUUCUUCUACAGUGGCAUUGGUUGGGUUGUUCCACGGCUUCAUCAUACUGGCAAGUUUUUCCUCGUGUUUAGCCAAAAUCAGGUCUGCAGAACUGUAACACACACAUACUCCAAGAUGAUCAGAGCCCACCAGUGACUUCAUAAACUUCCAGCUGUCACUGUCUAUCUGAAACUGCAAAAGCAAGUGGGUGGGAGGUCAUGUACCUAGCAGGCUAGGAUACAUAGCUGGGAGUGUUUUUGGCUUUGUGUUGUGCACAUGUUAGGCACACAUGAGCUAAAUAAAAUAAAAUAAUAAUAAUACAAUAAACUUACAGAAAACAACAGCAUGUAUAAAAACAGUUAAAAUUGUAUACAUAUAAACAAGCUAAAAUUAAUACAUAUACUGACUAGGAUAAAAAUCUCUAGUUAGGAGGCUUGUUGAAAGAGGAUUUGCUUUCUGUUCGUUUAAACCACAGCAUUGUUGUGGUUUUGUCAUUUGGGUUUGAGGGUAAAGAUCAAUUACUGUGUGAUGAUGCCUGGGUGGCAAGCUAGUUAAUUUCUUCCUUGCCUUCUGGUUAUACAGGUGAUGGAGAGGUAGCAUCUUCAAAUUCUGCAUCUGAUUAUUAUGAUUAUUAUGAUUAUUAAAGUAUUUCUGCAAAUUUCAUGUUUGGCAGAGCAGCUGCGCCUUUGUAAAAAGCAGAAAUCAACUGGUGGAGCUUUUCUCAAAUAUGAAAAUUCAGAAAAGGGAACUGCUUCAUUUGCUGGCUAUGCUUCUCUUUCAAAAGCACAGAAGCCCUACCAGAUUAAAGAUAUAGAUAUAUGAUAACUCUAAAUAUGAAAGUUAUAACUUGGCUGCUGCCUGCAACUCAGAACUUUAGAACAGGGUUGGGGGACCUUGGAGGGCCAAAUGUGGCCCCCAGCCUGUUUAUGUGGUCCUUGAGAUUCUCCCUAGAUCACACCCUGUGCUGGUUCUGUUUUGCCCACUGCUAGCUAGGAGGAAGAGUUUCCUAUCUGCUGGGAAUAAAAGAGAGUUCCCGGGGCUCGCCCCGGCAGACACCUCAUAUGACACCUGCCACUCGUCUGUCGUGAAUUCAUUCCAACACCUAUCCUCUUCUUCCUGCUUCAGCCACCUGCAUUUCUGGGAUGGGGCGAAGUGGGGCAGAGGAGACAGGAAACUUUUAUUCCUAGUUUCCUUAAGUUAACUUAUCAUAGGAUCCAUCCAGACAUUCUGGUAAUUUGUCUUUUUGCAUUUAAGUGAUUUCAGUCAAGAGGACUUGGUACAUCCCAAUCCCCAUGCAGCAUGUGGGUAUCACUAGUUUUGAGUUUGCUGUCCUCUGAAGUCAGGUUGUUUUCUACAGGCUGUACAGUGGGCAUGACUUGAUUUUGUCCAGGGUUUGCGAAGCAUAGGACUGGUCAUUUAAAAACAUGAACUGCCUGUAACACUUGCCACACAAGCCGAUGCACAUCUACUCAAAAGUAAGUUUUGCUCAGUUUAAUGGGACUUACUCCCAGGUGAGUGUACAGCAUAUAUGUACACAGUGGGACUUACUUCUGAAGAUAUAUGCUUAAGAUUGUACCACUGAUCUUUUCAAGGCAGACUAUUGGCAAAACUGAUUCCUUUUCUCGUUUGAUUAUUGCAUAUGUUGCAGGCAAAAUUAACAAAAAGUGAGGUGGGCAAAAUAUGUUUCAGAGUGCUGUAGUUUGACUGCUAGCUAGAUUCUCCCUUACUAAAUACAGGGCAAAAGAAUUUAUCUUUGCCAGAAUAGCAAGCAAAGUUUUGAUAGAAUGUUAUGACCUAGAUGAUUCACAAUAAAAUGUUAAGAUUUAGGCUUAGGGCUAACUCAGAAAUUACAUGCGCAUGAGAUGUUUCCCCCCUUAGAUUGCUGUAUGUAUGGAGCAAAUAUGUUGCAUGAAAGCAGUCUCUCUCUGAAUCUGCUUAGCAGUGAAAAUAGUAGCUUCUUUUGCUGUUGUUAAAGCAUCAUCCUUCCUUUUCCCAUCUGGAUCUACUCUUGUUUGUCUGCAUAGCCCUCUUUUACACUAAUUAUUGAGCAAGGCCAGGCAGGGUUACUGUAGCGAUGGAUGUUCUUGAAGGGAUUAGAGGUACUGAUUACAUUUAUCUGUCUAGUCAUACUUACAUUUUACUAAUCCAUGUAAUAUAUUCACUAGAACUGCAAGCUUUGAGCAGUGACAUUUGUAAGUUAAUCAACUGAAGUUUUAGUUGAUUGAUCAGUAGGGGCCAAUUUUAAUAAGUGAGAGCAAAUUUUACUUGGUGGAGCCACAAUGUACAUUUGUUUAUUUUUAAGGAUUAUUUUGGUUCUAGUAUGUUACUGUAACAGGAAUUUUAAAAAAAUAUGUUCAGGAUGGCCCUUGCUUCUAAAUAUCCAUAGCAGCUUUUGUUUGUCGCAAUGUAGAUUUUGCUUCUUACAUUUUCUCAAAAAGGCUCCUAUAUUGAGGGUUUUAUAAUAUGCAGAUUCAUGUACAUUGAAUUAGCCAAUUCACAGGUUGAAAUGAGGAUGCUUAAUCAACUCAACAUUAUUUAAUUGGUCAAGAGUCUUAAUAGUUAUUCAUGAAAGAGCCUGUGGGGGUGGAGGUGUUGUUGUUUUGCUGGGAAUCACAGGUGGCAAAAAAUGCAGUUUUGCUCAUGUCCUGUUUGCAGGUGUCCCUUAGGAAUCUGGCUGGCCCCUGUGAGGCCAGGAUGUUGGACUAGGUGGGCCAUUGGCCUGAUUUAGCAGGCUCUUGUGUUCUUAUGUACCCCAGAAGAAGACCAGAUAAAUUUAUUUCAUGUGCAAUUCAUCUAAAGGGUAACCACACUUUAAGUCCUAUUGAUUUUACUGGGGGACUUAACCACAUGGUUACCUUUUGCCCACUGAAAUUGAUUGGAAGUAAACAUGCUUUAGCUGCAUCAUGAUUUUUGUUCUUUGCUUCUUAGGUAAUACUUAAUACUUAGUUGUUGUGUAGGUCAGUUUAGUCACUAGCGGUCACAGCUUUCUAGUAUCCCAGUUCCAAAAUGUUUCUUCCUUUCAUCCAAAUUGUCAGCCGCCGCAACACCCCAAGGCGGAGAUAUUACACACUUAGAUUACAGAACUUUGCUAAAAUGUGAGCAUAGCUAGUGGGUUGCUUUCUGGACAGGAGUCAGAUUCUGAUGCUUCUGAGUGUAGUUGUUAGGUGUGUGACCCUGGAUUAGGAAAUGGUAGAGUUGUUCUGGCAGGCUUGCAAAUGCUGCCUGGAGAUAGGCAGUACUCCUUUUCAAUAUGUUGAAGGGCGACACCGCGGAGAGGCAUCAUUGCCUCUGGCAGGUAUGCUGACCACAUCAUUGUCUCUGGGUAUAGACAAGAAUAAUAAAAACCCUUCUAGUUCAGUUUAUGGGGGGGGGGAGAGGCAAAAAAGAGAGGACACGAGCACUAAAGAUUACUCUUAGCACAUCACUUUCAAUUAUGAAAAACUAUCAUCUUUCUCCAGCUGUUGUCUUUAGCACCACCCACCCCAAACAGGCUGACCUAUGGAAUUUAUUUCUGAUGAUCCAUGUGUCAAAAGUAGGACUUUGGUAAGUUUCACAUGCAGCAUGCAGCACAUGUGUUUUUGCUGCAUUAAGCCCCUCCCUCCUUUUAAUGGUAUACUUAACAUAGCAGUGAUUCUUUUAUUCCUAAGACCCCAGCUGGCUGCUUUUGACUGAACUGCUCAGUUGGCUCAAGAGUUCCUCUUUAAAUCAGCUGCACAGUAAAGCUGGUCAAAAUUUCUCACGCAGCUCUGGGUCUUCUGCAGACCAGCUGCUGCUUCACAGGAACAAGACUGGCCAUUUUGACACCCUUCAGCCAGUUGAGAGGCAUUGCGUCUGAAUUAGAUGGAUUGCUUUCACAAACCCAUCUCUGAUCUUUAUUCAAAAAUUCAAAGGGCCAAACUACUGUAUACAUGAUGUUAAAUGUAUCUUUGCAUUUAACAUGCAGGUUUUUAAAAAAAAUGCAAUCAGAAUAAACUAAGGAAGUGUGGCUGCCAAUUAAUAGGUUCAGGGAAGGUAUGGAAAAGGAACUCAACAAUUUCCUCCCCAGCUGUAGCCCUGAGAAAAUUAGUUCUUCCAGUGACAUUAUUUGUUUUGCAGAAAAUCUCUGUUUGGCACCAGUGGAGGAAUUUCCUCCCAAUACAAACACUAGCUCGAGAAGAUGGAUUUUCCUCAGGACUGCAGCAAGGGAGGAAGUGGUUAAAUUAUCUCACAAUACCUGCUCUGAUUCUGUUAAUUCCUCUCCAUGCCCAUCAACUGAAGCUAUUUGCCUUUUUAAAACCCUGAAUGUUGACUGCAAAGUCACAUUUGGCCCCUUUGAUCUUAUAUAGAUAGAUAAACCCCUCCCCCCAAUAAUAAAUGUAUGUAACUAAUUUCUGACACCUUUAAACAUCAGUUUUGGUUUUAUAGGUACCACAUGAAUACAUUCUUUCAAAUAUAUGCAUAAUAUAUGUACUACUGUCCACCUCAAGCCACAGUACAAAAUCCAAAAGCAAUGGUAAGAAACAGCAUGCUUUUCAGGGAAACAUAAGAAUUUCAGGAGACCAUGGUCUACAGUGCCAUUGAGAGAACAAUCUCAUGUAAACAGCAUUCCAAGUGGAAAGGUUUUCAUAUAGAUUGGGGAUGACCAUGUAGCAGACCUUGGGUUACUUUUAACUGGUUCCAGGCAGCCUCACCAAUUUUUUAAUCAAGGUACAUUAAGAAGUUUGUCCACAGUUUGACUUGUAAGGCAGAUAAAAAGUUUUAAUGUUGUAAGAAAGAGAAAUAAUUCACACUGUAAUUUGCAUUGCAUUUUGAUUGGGUAUCUAUAUGCAUGCAACAUGUAAAAUGCAUACAUUUGUAUGUAUUGUCUGAGUGCAUGCACUCUUCAUUCACUUCCUGCUAAGGUGGACUUCAGCUCAGUGGAAGGAAUUUCUUGAUUAGGGUGGGUUAAUAGCACUCAAUCCCUGGUAUCUCCAGUUUAAAGGAUCUCAGGUUGCAGGGCUUAGAAAGACCUCUGUCUAAAAGCAGAGACACCUAUUACAGUAGGCUUGAAGGAUUCAUGAAUAUAAGGCAGUUUAAUAAGUUCAUGACACCAAUUUUUUUAAAUGGAAUUUGGGGGGGGCAGUUUUUGCUGCAAAAUGCACCUUCAGCCUCUGCCGUACCAUUUGGAGAAUAGAGAGGCUCACAAGGAUACAGAAAUUGGACAUCAGAUGGGGUUCAAGACUUGCUAUGUCCCUGGGUAAUAGAGUAGACACAUCCCCAUUUUCCUUUUUAAUUCAAUACCAGGAAUAGGUUUGCUGUUUAUGAGGUUAUGGUCCUAUUUGUACUCUUUGUUAACAGCAUGCAAGACGAUACUUCAGAAUCUUCUACUUCGAUAACUCAACUACUGAGAGAGAGCUAUUUAGCUGAAAACAACCGCCAAGGGAAUAGUGAAAGAAGCAGAUCAGAACCAUCUCCACAUUCUUUCCACCGUGGCAGUAGUUUGGGGCCUUCAGACGAGGUGGCUAGCCAAGAGGACCUUCCUGAUCUUUCAGCCUUUUUGAGCCAAGAAGAGCUGGAUGAAAGUGUGAACUUGGCAAGGCAAGCCAUCAAUCAAGAUCCACUUGAGAACAAGCAGGACGAACAGAUACAUGUGUUCUUUCCCUCUGAGUUGAAAAACUCUGGAAAUACAGUUUCAAACAAACAGCAGUUCCCAUCUAAGGCAGCUUCACCAACUUCAGACAGCAGCCUAAGGAAACAGCAAUUUGGUUCUGAGACAGAGUCGAAAAAGGAAUUCCUCAACAAGGCUGCAGAUUUCAUUGAGGAGCUUUCUUCUCUUUUCAAAGCACACAAUUCAAAAAGAAUCAGGCCCCGAACAUGCAAAAACUACAGGAGCAAACUUGAAUCUAAAAAUAAGGCUGCUCAGGACAGUGGUUCUGCUUUCUCAAAUCUCUCUGAAAACAGAGAAAGGCCUUGUGACCCAGUACCGCAAGAUUUAGCUGUAGCUGAGCACUCACUUGAAAACCCAGAUAACCCUCCACAGGCAGACUUGGAAGCUGUUAAUCAGCUAGAAAGUUCAGGGUUAACAACAGAGUCACCAGCUGCAUCGUUUUAUUCUGAGGAGACAAUAGGCCAACCACCACAUUUUACUCAAAAGCUGAAGAGCAGGGAGGUCCCUGAAGGAACCAAAGUGCAGUUGGACUGCAUUGUGGUAGGAAUUCCAACACCUGAAAUCAGGUAAACAUGUCCCUGUCUUAUUUCUGUAAUAGCUUGCGCACACAGAGGGUGGAUUACUGUAUAGUAGUUAAAUGUUUUCUCAAUGUUUCCUCAGAUUGUAUUCUAAAAACCAUACAUUUCUCUUUUACAAUGCUCCAGUAAUUAUUCUGUCUCUGACCUUGGAAAGGUCACUUGUGACUGGCAUAAGAUUGAUGCCAGUCACAGGUUUUAGGCAGCUUUUGAUGAAAAUGCCUUCAGUGGGCCUUCCUCCCUAGCUGCCCAUGCACUUGUACUCUCCUCUGGGCCCAGUCUGCAUGACCAUGCAUGCAGUGUUGUAGUGGGGGGGGGGGCAGGGAGGCCCUGGGUGCAAAUUUCUCAGGAGGUGCAACAAGGCACCCUCAUGACAUGCUCCUUCAUUGAGGCAGGAGCUGCAGGGAGGCAAGCCAUGCCUGGGCUGGGGCUUCAGGGCUGGGGUGGCAGCAGCGCCGCCUCCUCCUCAUGGCAAGGAGGAAGGGGAGGAGCAAGGACAGGAAGUUCUGAGGCUGGCACUUAGAAACUGCCCAGUGAUGCAGACCCCUUGAAGCCUGUUCUGCGUAAGUGUCAAGGCAUUUAUUCAAUAGUAAAUGAAGUGUUGGUCAUAUACAGUGGUACCUCGGGUUAAGUACUUAAUUCGUUCCGGAGGUCCGCUCUUAACCUGAAACUCUUCUUAACUUGAAGCACCACUUUAGCUAAUGGAGCCUCCUGCUGCUGCCGUGCCGCCGGAGCACGAUUUCUGUUCUUAUCCUGAAGCAAAGUUCUAAACCCGAGGUAAUAUUUCUGGGUUAGCGGAGUCUGUAACCUGAAGUGUAUGUAACCCAAGGUACCACUGUAUUUAAUAAAUACCAAAAUGUUACUAUCUGGUAUUUGCCUCCCUACAUAGUAGGGGUGGAUGUCACCCUCACUAAGAUAGAAAGAAAAUCACAGCUGCACACAUGGGAAGUGCAUAGCUGAAAUUGAACUGAGUCAAUGGAGCUGCAGGCAUGCAUAUACUACAUUUGCAUUUCCUUGGGGAAGGGACUGCAUAUGCAGGGCUUUCCAUUGCAAGGAGAAGGGCUGUGGUUCAUCGCUACAGCAUCUGCUUUGAAUGCAGAUGGCCCCAUGUUCAAUCCCUGGCACAUCUGGGUAAGGCUGGGAGAGACCCUGUCUGAAAUCCUGGAGAAGCACUGCCUGACAGUUUAGAGAAUACUGAGCUAGAUGAACCAAUAGUCUGACUCAAGGCAGCUUCCUAUAUUCCUGUAGGCACACAUGGGAGUAGCAGUGCACCUGUCUCCAUGGCAGACAUUUAAGAUCACUCAAGAGACAAGGAAUUUCCCUCAUAUUUGACUGUUUAUGCCUGUGUGUGUGUGUGUGUGUGUGGUGGUGCACAUUCAACUGCUGUUCCAACGAUUGAUUUUCAAGAAAAAAUAUAUAAACAUAAACAUAACCAAAAGGAUUAAUUUCCUUCCUUCCUUCCCACUCCCACACCCCAAAACAGAAAACUACUGCAUCAAUUUCCCGCCCAUAAGUCUAUGUGCAUAGUUGGUGAUUGCCAGACAUCAGGGUGUUCAUUUGAAUAUUUUAUAAAGGGGUACCAUAUUUCAACAAAUUUGUCUGUAUCAGAUAUGUCAUUCAGGGUGUGUACUCUCUUAGUUAGUUUCUCAGAUACAGCAAUUGUCCAUACAUUGUUUCCAUUAUGCGAUGUGUGAUCAAGUCCUUUUUUGUUUUUUGCUACAGUAUAAGUAAUUGUGUUGCUACCAGGCGAAGGGUGAAAAGUUCCUUGUGUAAUAGUUUCCCAUUCAGCUAUAAAGGCCCCUUUAAAAAUAAAACACCAAUAAUUGCUUGGAAAGAUUAGUUUAAGGAAAGAGACUUGAAAGGCUGUGUCAUCUGAGCCAUAAGACUCUUUCCCAUUCCAAACAUAUAAAAUAUGUUUGCACAAGGCAAAGAUGGCAAAAUGCUUCUGUUCAUGGAAAAAAAGCUGUAUAUUUGGAUCCAGACAUGUCAUACUGUGCACUAAGGUGGGCUGUUUACAAACUAUCUAAAAAGAAGAAAUGCAUCAACAAAAAAAUAAUAGCCAGAGUUGCUUAUUGCUGCAAAACUAGAAAUCAUUGCUAUAACUUAAAUAGAAAUAAAAUGCAUGUCACCACAGUGGGGAAGGCUGUGAUCAGGGAAACUGUGUGGUCCAGGUGCUAGUUCAAGUUCAAGGCUUCUCCAUUCCUUCUGGUGGUUCUUUAUCUUUAAACCAGGCUUUGAUUGGUCAGUCCUUUAGAGAGAAGUCACCUGCAGACAGGGGACUGUCCUUCUAUAGCCCUUCCAAUAAAGGACUGUCCUCUGUAAAGUUGGACACAUGGCCACACUACUGUGGGCUCCUUCCAUUUGCAGGAGGGAUUCUGAUUCAAUAGCAGCAUCCACAGGAAGAAUACUUUUUUGUUUGCUGAUCCCAUUUUUCUCCCGGCAACCCCCACCUUUGCCAUAUCCCACACUGUUCCAGAGGAUCCCCCCAUCCUCCAGAGCAGCUCUUCAAGGAGUGAUUCUUGCUGCUCCUCCUCCUGAAGUGCUAUUUAAAUAUAAUAAUAUGAUGAGGAGCACUAAGAGAUUUUCAGGAGCAGGCAUUCAAACUGUCUCAGGGCUGAUUCACAUAUGCAUGGGCAUCCCUUUCUAGCACAUUGCUCAGUGAUGCAUAGAUGAAUGGGGGAAUUUUUCCCAUUGAAAAGGUUAGGGCCCAAUCCAAUUCCCCUUUGCAUUGGGGGGGGGGGUUGAUUGAGCAGAGGUGCCCUUCCACUCAGCUCUUCUAGUGUCCCUAUUUCCCUGGCAGAGUCCCAACCAGCAGCAACAAAAAGCCUUGAAAUGGGGCAUUCUAGAGGCAGGGAGGGCUCUGCUCCAGGCUGGCACAGUGAUCUGCCUGCCCAACAUCUUCCGUCUUUGUCAGCAUGCUCAAGAGGGCUGUAGAUGUGACUGUGGCCCUAUUACGCAGUGGCUGGGUGUUGAAUUGCACCCACAGUGUUUAACUUCAUGAUUGUCUAAAGAUACUAAUGCUUGCUCUAAGGUGCUGGAUCUGUGAUGGCCAUUUCACAUAUGAAAGUCACUCCCUGAUGUAGCAGUCAUCAAGUAAUGGGCAUGCAUGUGUGAACUCACUUUCAAGAAUUCAAUUUGCCUAACUUUUGAUAUCGGGUUGCUUCAUAGGAGGUUUUUAAGCAGUGGUGAGAUGGCCAUCUGUCAUGGAUGCUUCAGUUGAUAUUCCUGCAUUACAGGGGGUUGGAUUAGAUGACCCUCCAUGUCCCUUCCAACUCUACAAUUCUAUGGUUCUAAAUCCUUUCAUAAAUGUAAGGGUUGGUGAGGGACAAUUCAAUCUCUUGUACCUUGUAGUAAGUGGAUGCACGCCAAAUUGAAUUGGACUUACUACAAUGUGUUUUGGAAUCAGUGGAUUUGGGAACCUGAUGUCACUAUAUGGUAUGGAUAUUGUGAUAUAGAUUUCAGAAAAUGCACACAAAAUAAUGACAGAUGGAAUUAUCAGUGGUCAUUAUUCAAUGUAAUCAGAUGGUAUUCCUGUAGGUUCAGUCCCUAAAUUCUUAACAGCAUCAGGAGUGAACAGCAAGUGAAUAUUCUAUUACUACUCUAUUUUCCUCUGGUACCCUAUAGCAGCCACAGGGUUGGCUCUUUGAUUCCCCAUUGCUGUAUAUGUUGCAGGGACUGUCCAAAAUUCACCUUUUAAAGAGAGAGACACCAAUCAAAGUUGGCAAUGAACUACAUGUCAGCAUUCACUUCUGUAUGUCUGAAAUGUUGGUGUAUAUUCAGGGUGGCAUUCACAAAAUUCAUUUGUCAUUGUCAGCAUUCAUACAUGCAUAUCAUUUACCAACAUUUGCUAACUUUUGGACAUUCACUACAAUAUUAAAUGUGGAAAUGUUUCAUUGAGACCGAUAAUUCAUAGAAUCUGCCAGUCCUAUGGACUGGAACUCUUUAGCUUGGGAUCUAGUCUCAGAUCACAGUAACUGGCUCUCAGCAAGUGAGAUGAAUGAUAUUCCCCGAAGCAUUUUCCACAGGAAACAUUCCAGGAAGCUUCCCAUGAAUGCCAUAUACUACGUCAGAGCUGGCCCACUGAGGCAGAAUACAGUGCUAGAUGGACCAUGAGUGUAACCUAGUAAGGCCAGUCUUACGAUCUUAGACAUUUCCUCCAUUGGUUGUAAGUGACCCAUAUUUGCCAUCUCUACUCAGAGGUGCCUGCAUUUUUUCCAAACUACUUAGCUCACCUCUGUUAGGUUAAUUUUACUUUGGCUUGGCAUACACAGCUAGCCUGACCCGUGUCAAAAGGAUUUGAAGCCCUAUAAACAGGCUAUGUGUCAUGCAUUUUCUAUGAGAGCACUCUCUGGCAAAUGCACAUGAAUACCUGAGAGAAGCACACUCUAACCAUGCUUUGUUUGAGAAUUCAGAUCAUCUGCACUUAAGGUUCCUAACCACAUUCACAGCCUGAUCCUAAGAAUGCUUACUUAGAAAUAAGCCACACAGAAUUAAAUGGGUAGUAUUCUUUUACUUAGAGCAAACUCAUUGAAAUUAAUGGCCCUAACUUAGUCAUGUUAAUUAAUUUAAAUGGGUCUACUGUGAGUAAAACUUAGUUGAAUGACAUCUAAUGGGAUUUACUUCCUAAUAAGUAUGUUUAGGAUCACAGCCACAAUCUCUUCCAAGAUACAGCAUCCUUCUUCAGUUUAUUUUUGUUUUAUUGAGUUCUGCUAGAAUUUGUCAGCACUAAAUUGGGGAACAGAUGGACCAUAGCUCAGAGAUAGAGAAAGUUAUUUGUAUGCACAAAACCAAUAGCAAUCCUUGCUAUUGCCAGUUAAAAGAACUUAGCAUGCAAGCAGAAAAAGAUCUCUGCCAGAAAUAUUGGGAAACUGCUGCUGGUUAAUGGAAGAGGCAGCAUACAGUAAAUUAAAAAACAACAACCUGAAAACAGAACUAUGAUACAAAUAUACACAAAAACUGAAAUCAGUAUGAAAAAAACAAAACAUUGCUAAACAUAGCUGCUUUUACACUUCAGACGUACUAAAUUAACCUUGAAAAGUUAAAAGCUAAGCCACCACGAUCAAACAUUAGAGAAAAUACUAAACAAUGAUGAUGAAAUUAUAUUGAAAUGUUGCUUAUAAGAUAUUAAAAGGCCCAGCUGGGACAAUUAAGAAAAAACUUUGCUUGGUACCAAAAGAUCAUUUAUGUGGGUGCCAGGUGAGCCUCCUUAUGGCAUUUUCCACAACCAGGGGGGCACUGCCAAAAAGGCCCUCUUCCUCAGGACAAUCUCCAUAUUUCAGAAUGAAGGAAGCUGUUGAUCUUAAGGCAUGGGUGGCUACAUAUAGGAAGAGGUACCUUCAGGUACUCCAGUCCCAAGCCAUGUAGGAUUUUAUAGGUCAGAACCACCUUCCCUUCCCUCCUUACCUUCCAAUUACCUCCAAGUCCCAUAAAUGAAUUGGAAGGUAAGGAGGGACUGCUCAGUAUUCAGCACACUUACAGUCAGUCAGGAAUGGGAAAGAACAGAAUAUAUGCUUGGCACAUAUAACAUCCCAGAUACAAUCUCUCUGGCAGGACAGGGUCGCAGCAGGACUGGGAAAGACCUCUGCCUGAGAUACUAGGGAGCCACUCCCUACUGGAAAACGUCUUUCCCAGGGCUAGAUGGACCAAUGGUCUGACUAAGUAGAAAGCAACUUCACAUGUUUAUGACAUCCUCUGGUAAUACACAAUACCACAUGUCACAAUGGCACAGCAAUUUUUGCUAGGCAGCAGUUCAACCUGGCAGAUUGUGGCUGAACACCAUUUUCAUAAGAUGGUCAUGUGUCCUGCUUUGCAGAGGGCAAUGCUCUCUUCAAAGGACUGUCCAGGCCAAGAACAGUUUAAUGAUAAGCAUAAGAAGAGAGAGUGAGGACCAUGACUUUACUCACCAGCGGUGAGCCCCUGGACAGGAGACUGAUCAGGCACACCAGUCGCUUGGUCACAGUCUUCCUCACUAUGGUGAGUUGCAUUGCAUUAAUACUUAAGUUAUAGCAAUGAUUCCUAAAUAUGCACCUCUACCUAUAAAUUAGGUGUGCAAAGUUAAUAAAAAUCACUGUCCUUUUGUACUGUGUUUCCUUGUUUCAGGUGAUAUGGAAGCAGCCUGUCUGCAGCACUUAGAGUUACGUCCCCCCCCCUUUCUUUACUUUUUAAAUGUCACUUUAUAACCAUGAUUAUUACAGAGGGAGAUUUUCCUGUCCAGCAGCAUUGCACCAAUAUGACUGAUGGCAAUGCUGACUGCAUUAUUUCAAAGGUGGAUGUAUAUAGAGUAAUACAAGCUAUCAAAAUGAUGAAUACAUCAUCUCUGAUUCAUCAUUCAUGUGCAUCCAUCAAGAUCUCGUGGCUUAUGAGAAAUAACACACAAGGAUAAACCCAAAACAAAUGUAUAGAAUUCUGUCCAUAACAAGAACUAUUAAUUUAUUGUGAAUGGUAUUUCCAUAAUACAACAAUCUACUGAAUUUAUGAAUGAGUGCAACCCUGGUCAUUGCAACUCAACCUGAUUGUGGCAUUGCUACUAUGCCAACCUACAGGAAUUGGUAUUAAAUAUAUUAAAACAUUUGGAGAUACGGAUCCUGCUGGGUAGGAAUAUAGAAAUACUAGAUCAUAAGUUCCUUCCUGCCCUAUGUUUCUGUCAUAGGUUUACAGAUUUGUUCCUGAAAAUUUGUCUGUCUUAGAACUAAGCUAUUCUGCACAUGGGAUGGGGAAAGCAAAUUGCCAGUAGUGUCUUCUCUUAUAAAUGGGUAAUGUUGUCUCCCAUCUGAUCUUAAAAUAUGUACAUCACGUGUAAAAAUGACAUGAGCUGUUGACUGUGUACACAUUACUGGCUUAAAAUGCAGUGGUUUUGUUCUUUUGCACAGUUUGGAUUACAGCUGAUUGGGAGGGAAACAUACCAAAACACAGUAUUUCAUAAGAAAUUACAGUCUAGAUACAGGAUACAUAUGGAUUGUGGCUAACGCUUCCCAAACCAGCUGUGGGAGUACACUAGUUACAGAGUAAAUGGGAGUCUGUUUGCAGCCCUCAGCUGCUGCAUGCCAUGCAUUCCAAAUCCCUUUAAUAAACAUGUAUUAUUUUCACACUUGAUGGUGUGAGUGUACACUUUUUUUUUACUGCGUAGAUUAUCAACUCAUAGAUUAUCAAUAUGAGGAAGGAAGUAAUCGCUUGAGGCAAUUGUGAUCACUCACUCAUCUCCAUGUUUGCUUUAUUAGGCAUAAGCUGCAUUGCCCUACACUUACUCCUGCCUCCUGUACUACAUAAGAUCAAAUGAAUUGCUGGAUCACACCAAGUGUCUGCUCCAGCUUCCUGUGCCCAACAGAGACAGGACAGAUGCUUCUGGGAAGUCCACUAGCAGUUAAUGAAUGCAACAACCCCUCCUAGCUGUUUUCCGCCAGCCUCCGCUAUACUGCCUUUGGACAAGGAGAAUAAUAAUAAUAAUAAUAAUAAUAAUAAUAAUAAUAAUUUAUUUAUUUAUACCCCGCCAUCUGGUUGGGUUUCCCCAGCCACUCUGGGCGGCCUCCAACAAAACACUAAAAUACAAUAACCUAUUAAACAUUAAAAGCUUCCUUAAACAGGGCUGCUUUCAGAUGUCUUCUAAAAGUUUGGUAGUUAUUUUUCUCUUUGACAUCUGGUGGGCCAUUAAGCCAUUACGGCCAAUAGCCCCUCAUAAACCUAUACUCCAUGAUCUUGUCCAGGGGCACCAUCUGGGGGGGCAGGGGGCCAAGGCCUCCCCAAAAAUUUCAAGCAGGGAGCCGAGCCCCCUCAAUAUUCCGCAGCCGUGGGACUUAGCUGUGGUGGGCCCCGUCAGACCUUCCAUUGGCUGCAACAGGCCCCAUGAGGCCGCCUCCUGCUGCAUGACAUCAUACACAUGUGCUGGGGCCCUAAAUUAGGACAGAAUGCAGCGCGUGUGAUAUUGUCCAAUUCUUUUUUAAAUCCAGUGGCAAUUACCACGUCUCAUGGCAAUGAAUGCAAUAAGUUAAAGCCACUUCCAUUUCUCUUUGUCCUGCAUCUACUGUCAGUCAAGUUUCAUUGAGUAGCCCUGAGUUUUAGUCUUAUGAGGAAAGAGAAGCAUUAUCUCUGUAUCUGCAUCAAGCAUAAUUUUAUAAAGAUCUACCAUUUAGGCCUUGCCUGUAGCUUUUUGUAUAUUGUUGUUUCUAAUUCUUCCCCUAAUAAUAUCUGCCUUGCUCUGUUUUAGUCUUGCCGAGUUUUAGCAUUCCUUAGCGCUUCUUACAUAGCCCAAGCAUAUGCACUGUAUAUUUAAAGCACACCUCCCCCAACCCCAGAAUCCUGGGAACAGUGCUUUAUUAUUAUUAUUUAUUAAAUUUAUAUACUGCCCUUCUUCCGAAGAUCACAGUGCAUUUUACAAUAUAAAAACACAAAAAUAUAUACUGUAACAACAACCAAAAACAAUUCCCUCACACACCGUUUAAAAGGCCAAAGAUCACCCUCUGGAAAUGACCAUCCAAGUAGGAUCCCUCUGCAUUUUCUCUUCAUAACAACCCUGUAAGUUAGGUUAGGCUAAGAGAUAGUGACAGGUCCAACAAGCUUCCAGUCUGAGCAGGAACCCCAGUCUCUGUAGUCUUGGUCCAGCUUUCUAACCGCUACUCUACAAAGGUUCUAUCUUCUAUUGUGUAACUUACUGAUCAGCUAGUAGGAUCCAAAUACUCUCUUCAAAAUGUGGCCCUGUUACUGUUAAUAACUGAAGAGUCAAGGAUAUUCCUCUGUUUGCUUCAAUGUCUUUUGUGUGAGGUAUGUUGCAUUGUUCUGACUGUUGCACUUGCAGCCUGUCUCUUUGUCAAAUGGAUAUUACAGUGACAAAUAGUGCUCUUGCAUUUCAGGUGGUACUGUGAAGGGAAAGAGCUUGAAAACUCACCAGAUAUUCACAUCAUCCAGUCAGGACAGCUGCAUUCGCUAGUAAUUGUUGAAGCAUUUGAAGAAGACACAGGGCGUUACUCCUGCUUUGCUUCUAACAUCUAUGGGACAGACUCAACCUCUGCAGAGAUCUACGUAGAAGGUAAAGGCCUCUUUGGAACAGAAAGUGCUUGAUAAUUAACAAAAGGAAGUUGUACUGUGAACUUGGUUUUAUGUGGCUUUGCUGCAUAGUUGUUCCAAAUGGAAAUCAGUGAUCCAAGAGCAUGGAAUGCAAACAGUUCUCUCUUUGAUAGAGUAAGGUACUUGAAUUUAUUUCUUCAAUUAAAAUUAUUUGAUAGACAACAUUUGCUUGUUUUCCACAAGCAUUUGGUUGGCCAGUGUGAAACAGGAUGCUGGACUAGAUGGGCCAUUGUCUUGAUCCAGCAGACUCUUUUUAUGUCCUUAUGAGUGAGGAGAAAAUAGCUGUGCUGAAGGGGAGAUCGACUUCUUAUCGGCUAGGAUAGAUAUGGCACAGAGUAAUUAGCCUGUUUACAAUCUUUUAGAUAGAUGGGUAUACAGACAGAUAAACCUAAUCUAAAUUUACUGUUUUACAAUCUGGUGUGAACAUGGGCUGAGAUGGGAUGGAUAACCUUGCUGCUGUACAGUACUUUAAAAAAAAUAUGGCUCGAUAUAGAUUAUAAGGCAGCAUCUUAUAUCUUUAUACAUUUUGCCAGGGUGACAGACACCCAUUUGACAUGAAAGUGCACAUCCUUUCCAAUACCUCUUCCAGACUACUGUUACCAGCAGUGGUCAGUUUUGGGGUUUUUGGGUGCUCUAUGAAAGGGCAUGAAGGUGAUAUUCUGUGUACUAUACAGCUUCCAAAUACAAAAAAAUAUCACAGCUGUAAUUUUUUUAAUAUGCGAUGCAACCACAAAAAAAGCAGUAAUGCCUUAAUAGUAGACAUGUUGGCUGCAAAAAGUGGUCUUAAGUAAACCCACUUCGCUGUUGGGUGCAAGUACAUUUUUUUGCUGUUGAAUUAGCCCAUAUGUUGCUGUUUUAUUAUUGCUGUUGUUAUGAAAUUAUUCUUCCUGUUGUUAGUUUUGUGCUUUGUUCCCUUUGUGUUCCCUUUGUUAAAACCCACUUGAAGAAUCAUUUUUGUGUAGGGUAAAAGUGGCAUACAAAUAAAGCGGUAAUGAUGAUUUAUUACACAAAAAUAUUGGCAGUGCCCAAACCAAAACACAUUUUAUGAAUGGUGCUAGAUUCCUGUCUGCUCCUGCCAUGGAGGGGGAAAGUACCUAGUCAUUGAUUGAAGCUGAGUGGAAAGCAAUGCAGAAAAAUGCUCACCUCAGCCAACCAACAGUUUAAAAGUAAGUGUUUCCCAGCCCACAAAGUCACAAAAUGGUAUUGGGAAGUUAGUGCACCUUCAUACCAAAUGGGUGUCUGUCACCCUGACAAAACUAUCUUAAGGAUAUAAGAUGCUGCCUUAUACCAAGUCAGAGCUUUAUAGCUCAGUAUUGAGUGGCACCGGAUUUCCAGGGUUUCAGACAGGGAAUCUUUCCCAGUCUUGCAUAGGAACUUUUGCAUACAAAACCAAACCUUGUGCUGUCCUGCCCCUCCCUGUGACACUUGCAAUAGCAAUUACAGCCUUAGCUGGAAGAGAAAUACUAUUUUUUAGGAAUAUAUCAUAUUGAAAUUUGCACAAUGGGUACAGCACAGUGUUCCUGCGAAAGAUGCAUAGGCCCAGGGAAAGAUGCCAGGAUCCAUCUCUACAAGAAGUUAGUAAUAAUUGUACAUUUAUCACAUAAACAAAAACCUCAGUGAGGAAGUUAAAAGGCAUUAUUAAAUGUGGUACCAUGUAAACUGACUUUUGGUUUCCCACAGGAGCCUCCUCUUCUGAAUCUGAAAGUGACACAAGCACCAGCAAAGAAGAAAUGGAUCAGUAAGUCCAUGUGUAUGAGAGCUAAAAUAGAUUAGACAUUGAAGAUCCAUGAUUGAAUUUCCCACCAAUUUAUAUUUAUUUUGAAAGCAGCUGUGGGAGUGGCAGAGAAUUGGAUUGUGGCCAUAGUACUGUGAAUGGAGGUUCUCUUUUCUCCUGUGCCAUUUUCCCAAUCUAGAUAAUCUCUCCUAGGUCACUGUUUGUUCCAUUAGAAGGGAAACCAUACAUGUACCAUAUGUUUUUCCUAAUUAGGGGGGAAGAACACAUGCGGGGUGUGGGGGCAAUCUCAUUUGGAAAGAUGGUGCAGGGGUGGAAGGUAAACUGUAAUUCUAAUUAAUACACACAUCUAGGAACAUAGGAAGGCACACCCACAACAGUCCUUUAUUUUUUAAGUGCGAUAAGGUGCGUGCGUUGAAGUGGACAUCAUCUUACAAAAGGCAUUCCCUUUUUGUGCAAGAGAAAAGGGGGAAUCUGCUGUUGGGAGCUUCUUUAGUCAAAUAAAGGUUUUUAAAGCAAACAAAAUGACCUAUCAGUGAAACUUGCUUUCUUUGUAAAUAUAUAUACCUUCUUGGAUAUUUUCCCAGAUACCAAAACCGCACCAAGAUCUCUUCAAAUGUGCCUCCUCCUCCUGCUCCUCCUCCUGUUAAUAUCACCCAUCAAGAAACACCGAAACCACAACCUUCUAUGGUACAUCCUGUGUCGAUACCUGCCUACCAUGUAAGAGAGAUAAAUAUUUAUAUCAUUCAAGGAAGAGAAACUGUAUAAGCUGGAGAUCGCUUGCAUGUUUCCCUAAGAGACGAGUGGGCAAUCUUUUGUCUGUCGAGAGAUAUAUUAUGUGCUUUUGGGGAAACCCUGUUUUAAUUUUGCUUCCAGAUGAUUUUGAAAAAGCCAUAGCUCAGUGGUGGAGCACAUGCUUCUCAUGCGGGAUGUCCCAAGUUCUAGUUCUGGAAAAGGUUCUUGCCAGACAUCUAGGCGAGCUGUUGCCAGUCAUUGUAGACAAUUGUUAGAUGGACUUCAGGAAUUAUUCAGUGAAAGAGUGGGAUAAGCAGUCAGGCUUCUAAAAAAGAGGGGGAAAUGUUGUGGAAAAUGAACAGUUUGUGGCUUCUCCAGAGGCUCCAGGUGAAAAGCUGAGGGUAAUGUGGGACAGUUUUUAUGUAACACCCUUAGGAAAAUGCACUGAUCCUUCUCUGCAAAGUUUGCAUCAAAUUGUUUUCCUGUGUCAUGUUUUUCACGUGGACUUCCCUCUUAAUCUUGCACUGGAGGGGGUGGGAAUUACAUAAGUGUCAGGACUGGGGGCUUCCCUAAUCUGCUGCUUGAUAACAGCUCUUGUAUUUUUAUCUUCCUGUUUGCUUUUGAACCUCCAGAGUCAAAGCCCCACCAACUAUUUACAAGGACUUGACGGAAGGCCCAUAAUAGCUGCUCCAGUGUUUACUAAGGUAACUUACUUAUUGCUUUUCCACAAUGAGAAACAAAUAGAUGCUAUCAAGAGGGACUUUAACCUAAAAUGAAACAAUAUUUUUUUAAAAAAGAGGAUCCCUAACCAUCCCCAGGCUGUUUCCUCUACCAUAAAAUAUCUCUCUGAAGAUCAGGGUUUGGGGGUUGGACCUCGAGUUGCAUUCAGCAGAGCUCUGCUCACACUUGAGGAAGGAGGCAAGGAGGCAAUGUUUAUCAAUUCUUCCUUCCCUCCGCAAUCCCCUGAACUUCCUGAAUAAGCUGCUGGGGAGGGGGGUUGAGGAACCUCUGGCGGGUGCGGACAGUGCAAAGUGAAGGAAGAAUUGGCACAGAUCAACUUCCAUUGGAAAGCCUUUGAUAGAUCUUGGUUCUUUCUGCAAUUGCAAUCACCGAUCUGGAUCCAACCCAGCAUUGUCAAGCGUGGUAUCUAGAGUCACUUUUGUAGAACAGAUCAACACAUUUUUAUGUGCAUGGCUAUUUGAAAACAUUACAUGUCUCUGCACCGCAGAGUUAAGAAAAUUUCAAGCACACAUAUACAUUCAAAGGUAUAGCUCUUCUUACUGUAACACUAUUGGCACAUAAUUAUUCAGUUUAAUUAAUUAAUUUAAAACCAUGUUAUGGCCUGUCUCUGCUUUAGAUGCUACAGGAAAUAUCUGCCUCUGAGGGCCAGCUGGUUGUGUUUGAAUGCAGAGUGAAAGGAGCCCCUUCUCCAAAGGUUGAGUGGUACAGAGAAGGGACAUUGAUAGAAGACUCCCCGGACUUCAGGAUAUUACAGAAAAGUAGGCUUUCCUUUCAUUGCAGACGUUUAUCUGGAAAGGGUUGGCAGUACUGAGGGAUGCAUGGGUGUAGCCAAGGGGAGGCAGGGAAGGGCAGCUGAUUGAUAAAAAUCAAUAAAAAUACAUAGCUAACUGAGGUUCUGCACCCCCUAACAAAAGGCUUGCCCCCCAAAACAAAAAUCCUAGCUAUGCCCAUGGAGAGUUGUAAUAUUUUGUUGUAUGCUAGAUGUAAAUGUACCUGAAUAAUAAAAAGCAGUGAGCCAUGGUAUUUCCAGAACUUACGUUCCUCUACCACAAUUUGUAAAAUAGUCAUUGCUGUUUCUGUAGUGCAUUUCAAGGGUUCAGGGUGCUUACCAUGUGUUUUCUCAGCAAUCCUUACAACAACCCCUGCAAGGUUUGUCAGUGCGGUGGUUGAUUUUUGUGAUGUAUUCUCAUUGUAAGCAACUUUGAGCAUAAUUUUUUGUGGAAAGGCGGCACACACAGAGAUGAAGUGGUGGUGGUGGUGGUGAUGACAUUAAAGAACUUGAAUAAGUUAGGCCCAUUCAUUUUGAUCGGUCUACUCUAAUUAAAAAAUAAAAAAAUAGUUAAGACCCCCCAUCAAUUACCUGGUGGGUCCUUAGAGAAAACACUGAAAUAAAUAUUGAAUGGAGUAAUGUUUCUCUUACUUUCCUUUAGAACCUCGCUCUAUGGCUGAGCCAGGUAAGUACACUUCUUUAACUUAUAUGCAUAAAUGUUCCAUUAUUUGAGCCUUACCAAAUGCCACUGUGGCAUACACAGACUGAAGCAAAAAGUAAAAAUAAAUAAAUGACUGCAGUCUAGCAUUCCAAUUCCUCUUCCAGAAAGUGCACAGAGACAGUCAUGGCUAAUGUAUGUUUUUAUAUUCUUGUACACCGCCCUCAAUUUUUAUGAGAGGGUGGUAUAUAAAUACUUUUAUAAGUAAAUCAGUAGCUGGUAUUUAUUUAUUUAUUUAGUCACGUGUUGUAUUUGUAUCCUGCUUGUCAGACAAUUACUGUCUUCCAAAGCAGCUCACAUCAAGGGUGGGUGGCGAGAGACUAUCAAGCACUGCUGCCAAGUGUACAGACACACAGAAGGGAAGGGAAAGGAAUCAUCAGCUAGUUAAGGCCAGAACGAAGAGGUGAGCUAUGUGGGCAUUUAUAUCCAGUUGGGGCCAGGCUGAUGUUCCUUUGCUGGUGUUCUUCCUUGAAUAGCAGCUGGCAUCUGAGCUUUGGCCAAUGGAUGGGGCCAGCCUGUUCUUUCCCCUCAUGCCUGCAGUCCCAGGGCAACCAGCAGUUGGGGGUUAAAUGUUAAUUCUGCCAGAGAUGGGGGAAGAAAGUCCUUGCAGCUGCUCCUUCUCUGGCUAAUGGAUGAGGCCAAGUUGGUCACUAUGUUUUUCCUAGGAGACAAGAGCAGUCUCCCACUGGCUUCAGUCCAUGGCUGAUUGCAGAGGCCAGAAUGUGCUGCCUUCAGCUCUGCAGUCCCUGUGUAAGAGAAACAGACAUGUUUUCUGCAGCAUUGUGCUACAUUAUCAAGCACUCUGCUCUACCAAGUGUUGGAUUGCUGGCAUGGUGGUGGGUCUGCUGCCUUUUAUAUCAUUUUCUGUUGAGAGUAACAGAGAUGUUAUCUGCUGUGAAGUUUACCAUCAGACUCAUCUAACCAGUAGGCCAUGCCCUUAUCUCCCCUACCCCUUAUAGGCCAAAUAUCACAGAUGGGCCAAGGCACCCACCUGUCGAUCACCUGAUGUUACAAUGAUGUCAGCUGACUUGAAAGCACCAUGCAGGGCUUGCAAAGAGCCCCACACGGUGUGCUGAAGUGCUGCUGAUAAGCAGACUUGAAAGGGAUUCACUGCGCAGUCAGGUUCCCUACAAGAGAGCUCAGUCACACAGCCAGCCGCAUCUCUACCUGCCCCACACCUGACUUCACAUCUGAUAUCAGGUAUGGGGCAAGUAGUUGUGACUUGUGGAGGCGGCUGACAGCAGGCCAAACUGGGACCCAUGCUGGGUCCAAAGUUCCCCAACCCUCUGCAAAACCCAGCAGCAAUCAUAUAUCUAGUUAAUGUAAGCCAUAUUGAACUCAACAAGGUUUACUUCUGAGUAGAGAUGUAUAGGAUUGUGCAGUCCUGUACAUUUCUACUCAGAAGCAAGCCCCGUUGAGUUCAGUGGGACUAAUUCCCAGACCAUUGGGUACAGCCUGAAAAGGCUGCUAAAGCGGACACUAACUACUUUCAUUGGUGGGGAGAUAAGGAUCCUGUUCUCUCCUGUGAUUGCUCUUAUUUCAGAGCAGAGAACUGUUCUUUUCCCAGGCUAGAUGUGAAUGAAGGAGUCAGUAUUAAAUCCUUUCUUUUCUUCGGUGCGAAAUGUGCACCAGAUGAUGUAGGGAUGUCCUAUUUUUAUCCUGCUUGCCAGUUGGAGAGUAUUGUGUCACACCUCAGGCCAUGCCAGUUAUUCUCUCUUAACCCUCAGCUCCCCACAUCCCCGCCCCACUCAUGAAAUCUGAGAGUACCACUUCAGGCAUUCCACCUCUGAAACCGGAGAAUGCCACGUCGUGCAUUCUACCUCUUGAGAGGUGAAUCCUGACUGUUACUAGAUUUUUUUCAAUGCAUUCCAAACCAGCGCAGAUUUUCUGCAGGCAUUGCUGAAUUAAAGGGCAUGGAGACCCCAUGCAGUGCCAUUCCUCUAGAUCCCAUUGACAUGGCACUCCUUGUGCUCUCUGAAAUGCUUUUGAUGGUGAAAGAAGACUCACUUGUUUGUACAUGAUGUGAGAGAGCACUUCAUAAAAGCGGCACAGACGUGCCCUUCCUGCAGGGACUGGCAGAUGGGAUGCCACCUGCCAAAAGAUGUUGAGAGUGUUCACCUCAGAAGCACAUGUUUUCCUCUCUCCCAAAGGCUGCUAUCCCAGAGCAACUGAACAGGUUUAAGUCCUGUGAGAGCCAAGAAGGUUUAACUGUGUACUGAUUCUAACUACAUGGGCUUUGGAUAGUGACAUCGUAAAAACAACACAAAAACAAUUAGCCGGGGGGGGCGUGAUUCGGCACUUUUCAGAACUUUAGACUUAUAUGAUGCUUAAAGGUAGUACUGAAGGGUAAAGAAAAUGCUAUUCUGUCAGCCAGUAGACAUUUGGAGUAUACACUCUAAUGAAAGGUAUAGACCAGCAACUAACAUACAGAAAGAUAGGUGAAAAAUAGGUGCUAGUCUUCUUGGAAUCAUAGACAUUUUUAGUUUGAAGCAGCCCUGGACGUCAUCUUGUUCAACCCCUUGCUCAGUUCAGGAAUCUUGCAGCUGUAGCAGCCCUGACAACAUGCCACCCAGCCUCUGCUUAAGGAAAACCCACCACCUCCGAAGGCUGUCUGUAAGGUUUCCUUACAGUAUCCACAUACUAAUUCUACUUCAACCAUCUGGGGCAACAGAGAAGAGGUCUGCUCCAUCUUCUGUGUGACAGCCCUUCAAAUAUUUGAAAACCACUACCAAGUCUUAACUUCCCCUUCUAAACAUACUAUUUCAAUUGUUACUCAUAGGGCUUGGUUUCCUAUGAAGCAGCCUCAGAACAUGCUUGCAUUUAUACUGUAUAUAUAGAGGCAUAUAUAUGGAAACAGUUUCCAUCUUCCAUGACUCCUAUACCUGAAAUCUGCUUUUCUGGGACAGCAUCAAAACCAGCAGCCUAAGACAUUCCCCUGCCAGUUGAAAAUUUAACCAGCAAUCUUUUCCCAGUCCCCUGCCUCCCCCAAACUAAUAUAGGGACAUAGGAAGCUGCUUUAUGCUGAAUUGGGGUAUUGUUCCACCUAGCUCUGCAUUGACUGGCAGCUGCUUUCCAGGAUUUCAAGCAGAAAUCUUUCUUAACGCUAGCUGAAGAUGCCAGGGAUUGAACCUAGAACUUUCUGCAUUUAAAGCCCUGCCACUGAGCUGUGGCCCUUCCCCUUCAAGAGCCAUAAUCCCUGAGCCUCAUUACAACAAUGCAUGGAAAUUUCAACACAAGUUAUGGAAGAGAACAUCCUGGUGGAUUGUAUCUCAUGGGCCAGAUCUGCCUAUUGUUCACUCUACUGGCUUUGAUGGUGCUCAAAAUUAGCCCCUUGCUUGAUAUUUGAUAGUGUCAAUUCUGGAUUGAAUGGCCACUUUCCUCCACAUAUUGUGAUGGCUACCAGUAUUUUGAAAAAUGUCACAGUUAGCACGUGUCUACUACUUUCUGGUCAUGCAACAAAGAAACAGCAACACCAUUGCCAGCUGAGUGUAAUUAUUAAAGUAGUCCCAAACAGGGCACACUUGGAGGGCCCCCAUUUAUCUGGUACCCUACCCUAUAGCAUGAUUAUUUUAUUUGUGAAUUCGCACCUGCUCUGUGGUAAAAUUUGCCGAUUCCGUUGUGAUGGUUUUCAGAGGAGAUUUGCACGUUGGUCAUUGCGGAGGUGUUUUCAGAAGAUUCUGGGAGUUUUACGUGCACUGCAAGCAAUAAAUAUGGGACAGUCUCCAGUACAGCUCGCUUAACUGUAAAGGGUAAGAGAAGACUGUAAUAAUCCCUUUGCAAUAAUCACAGACAUAUUGAUAUGUGGCCUGAACUUCAGAGAAUAUAGAAAAGUGUUUGGGUUCGGCAAGGAAGUAGCCUUUCUCAAAUACAUUUCCUCCAGUGUGAAAAUAUUUCAGUCCAGUCUGGUGACAUAUCUCAGUUGAACGUGCCUAAAGACACCAAUUUCAUUAAAAGUUUGUAUCAUAAUAAUGGGGGAGGGCUUUUUUUUUGUUCAAGUGUUUCAAAAUUAUUGAUUAGUAUUGUGUGCUUGUGAAGGGGUGGCUAAACUGAAACAAAUAAGUAAAAUGUGACAAAAUUUAAAAGGCAUAUUAAAAUAUUAGUCUUGAUCCACAGAUCCACAUGUCAGUGGGGUUCUAAUGUCUUUUAUUUUACCAGGCAUACAUUUAAAGUUCCUUUCAUCCAUGUUCCUACUAGUCAGGAUUCACAAAUUUGAUUUCUAUCACUCUGUUUUCACUGCUUUCUUGAGUAUUUUUAAUCAGGAUUGUGCAGUUACACUGCAGGAAGAGCAGACCAUUUUAACUGCUCCUUAUCUGUCACACCAACUUAAACAAGCCUUCUUUAUACCAAUUGCAAGAAAAUCAAGUUUAGAGUAUUUUAGGUCUCUCUGAUUACUAUGUGUAUGCUAUCACUGUAAUCAAGUUCAGCAUACAGUAUUUGGGUCACAGGCACCUCCAAAGCACACAUCCCCAAACAAAAAUCCUAAAAUAUUUUGUCUUGCUUUCAGUAAUCUGAUAUGAGUGACAAAGCUUGCACACCACUCAAAAUGCAUUUUGCCCCUUCUGUGCACCCCUGUUGUCACUGAUUUGUGUGAUGAGUUACCAAGGCCAUAACUGUAAUGCUUGCUAUUCCAGGACCUGAGGACCAGAAUAAUAAUGCUGCUCUCCAUACUAUAAGUUCUAUCAGUUUAGUUGCUGCUGAGCAGCAGCCUUCUGCACCUGCCCCUUCACUUCCGCGGGUGGAUCAGCCUCCAAAGCCUAAACUGGAAGGAGUUCUUGUAAACCACAAUGAACCUCGGUCAAGUUCCAAGAUAGGCCUUCAUGUGCACUUUAAGCUUCCGGAAGAUGAUCAAGGAAGCGAAGCUUCAUCAGAGGGUGGAGGAGCGCCUACAAAUCAAACCAGACCAAACUGCUUCCCGGAUAAGAUCAAUGGGCAGAUAUUUAAAAACCAGGAGCUAACCUCACCUUCUAAAGAGCCACCUCCUGUGUUGGCUAAACCAAAACUGUAAGUAAGAAGGCAUUUUUAAAGCUUUAGCCGUGUCUGAAAUGGAAUUCCAUUUUAAUUGUUACUUAUAUUCUUAUUUCAAGCAGAAAUUAUAUUAUGUAUAAUAUGUAUAGUAUAUUAUGGCCUGAUUCACCCGUCACAAUGGUUUUCUUAUGGGCCCUAAUAAAGAUUUCAUCCAUUUUUGUUUUUGUAUGCAGGGAUCCCACCCAGUUAAAACAGCUACACACCCAGGUCUUGCUUGAGCAACAGCAAACACAGCAACCAUCCCCCCCACCUCCAAGAGAGUUGCCAUUCAAUACUGGCACACUGAACUCUGCUACUUCAUCCAACCAGCAACAGCAGCAGCCUUCAUCGACUACAUACAAGCAAAACAAGGGUCCCUCAACACAGACAUUCACCUACACCCGUCCUAAGCAGUUCUUGGCAUCUCAGAACACCACCCCAGCCGUCAGCUCCCCUUCCAGCUCCCCCAUGCCUUCAUUCAGCAACAUACCACAAGGAUCCCAGAGGACAACCAACAAGGAGAACUUCCUAGGAUCCCCACCAGCCCAGACAAGGCCUCCAGGAGGGUUGGCAAACCAAACUGAGCAGCCUCUUACAAGUCCCAAAGAACCUGUGUUGCCACCACUGUUGCUUUCUGUAUCUAGCAUGAAUCAGUUCCAGCCCCAAAAUGUGCCUCCUACUCCUCUCUCUCCAACUGGUCGAAUUCAGAACCCGGUAGCCUUCCUCAGCUCUGUUCUACCUUCUCUUCCUUCUACACCCCCAACAAAUGCCAUGGGUCUACCUAAAAGUGCGCCAACUCCGUAAGUGAUGAAAAUGUUACACAUUCAAGUUGGUACGAGGGAGUCAUUGUGAAAGAACAGACAGGGAUGGUUUGUCCAUAGGAAACAUCUGCCAAAUAAUAAUUGUGGGGUAGGGUGUUUUGAGCACAGUUAACAAAUUGGCCUCCAUUGUUAGAACCUAUACAUUGAUGAGCUCUUGAAAAAGGAGGGAAAGUGGUCCUUUGAAGGAAAGCUCUCCAGGAGUCUGUGUACAAUAUCACAGGCAAGGUUAUUUUUAAUGUUCUGUAUUUAGAAUAUCCCAAAUCAGAAAGUGUAUGGUAGGGAAGAGGAAGAUCUUUUUACCAUGCAUGCUUAUUCAUUCUGUCAGACCACUAUGUGCUUACUUGGGAGUUCUGAAUUCCACUUAGCACUUUCUAUUCUUUUGCCCGGGGGAGCAGGGGGAGCACUAUUGAUACAGCACUGUAUGAACCUAUUGGGACAGAUCGUCUGGAGUUUAGUGUCACCAGUAUGCCUUGUACCUUAUUAGCUAAACAUCCAGGUGCUGCCAUUUCUGUCUUCCAUUGUUUGGAAGCGAUGAUCAAAUGAAUGAGGUUGAACAGACUAAAACUUAAUUCAGACAAGUUGGAGCAGGUGUUAGUAUGAAAUCCUUGUGCCCUGGUGGGGUUAAAUAUUGAUAUUAAUUAAUAAAGGUUACAAACAGUGCUUUUUUCGGGGGUGGACUCAGGGGGAUGCAUACCCCUAAACAUUUUGUGAAUCUAAGUUUGGCCUCAUUGAGGGGCAGUAUUUCAAUAUGAGUAGAAAAAUGAGAGUACCCCUAAACAAUUUUUAGGGGGGGGAGCACUGGUGGGAAGCAGGUUUUGUGGUCCCUAGAGCAGUUUUUUAUCAACUUCAGCUAUUGCACUGGCCAUGCUGCUUCUUUGAGGACAGGGAUCCCACCAAGCUGAUGUCGACCUUUGCAACCUCCAGACCUUAUUAUUGCAAUGAAUUUCAUUUGCAUUUUGCUUCACUUUAACUGCAUUUUUAGCUUUGGUUAAUUUAUUUUUAACAGAAGUUUGUGGCAUCUCCAGGAGAUUUAUACUUGAAAAGCUGGAUAUUGUAAUAGUAUCCAUAAUAGUUAUCCAGUGGAUCACAGCCGUAGUCUAUUUAGAACUUGCCGUCCUCUUUCUUCAUUAAUGAUUGGGAUCAUUGACUAAGACCUUGGUUCCAUACAGUUUGUGUGCACUAGCAAGGGCUAUACCACUCAGCCCAUGAAAUAAACUGCAACUGUACUGAUCAGCUGUUUGGUGUAGAGGGUGAGAAUUGAAGUCCCCCUCAUUGCAUCAUACUUUACAGAGCUGGGUGUACUCAAUCCACAUAUGGACCCUAACUGGAUCUGAACAGCUUCUUUUGGUUGGCAGUGGUUUUUUGUAGAAAAAAGAAAAGAAGCAUGGGUUAAUGAAAUGCUAAAGCAGCAUUUUAACAUAAGAUUUGUUUUGUAGUGGAAGCCAGGGAACGGUGAAGAAAAAUCUUAGGCCUUUGCCACUGCCAACAGAAGAUUCAAUUAGAGAUCACAAAGCUGCUGUUGUCAAGGACCUGGAGAAAAGACUGCAUUUACGGGAUGAUGCAUUUCCACAUGGCCCGCAGGUAAGAGCACUGCCUACUGUUUAAACAUGUGCUCUCCUUGGACCUUCAGCCCACACCUUGCUUCACGCACCCAACAUACUAGGCUAGCAAAAUAUCACACUGCAUGGCAUUAUGCCUGGGGAUAGUGUGACAUUUUACUGGCAUUAUAGGCACAUAGACUGGCCUAAUGUUUAGGAUCAGAACAUUAAUCACUGUCAGCAGGGCUGCUGAUGAGAACUCUUGUGUGUAUAUUCAGGUUCAGCAUCAGUGUCUGGUAUGGUGAGGCAAAUGGCAGGACCUGCUACAGCUGCUGCUGCUGCUGCUGCUUUCUGGCAUCCUUUUUUAAAGCCAUUUUCUGGGUGGCAGUGCUCAUCCCAGCACAGUGAAGAGAAGUACCAGGUGAGGCUGCAUCCACCCCAUCUUAAUUUGAGAAGAAUUCUUCUGGAUUGCUAUGCUAGUCCAGAGGCAUUCUGGGGAAAUGAAGUUGGCAGUGGCUGUUGCAGCUGCUCCACCAGGCACUUCUCUUCUCACCGCCAGUCUUAGCACUGCAGCUUCUGCUCAUUGCUUCCUGUUAAGCUUAUUGGAGGGAUGGCGGAGGUGGAGGAGAGAUCUGUCAGGGAGGUGCUGUUUGAUAUUUUUUUUAAGGGUUCUAAUCCUUAAGGAAAUGGAGUUUGGCUUGAAAUUGUGUGGACAAUGUCUAGUGACUUCUCAGAAGGGGAGAAGACUGAGUGAUCAGUACUGUAGUGAGAGCUUCUGCUGCUUACAUAGUUCUUUGAUUCACUUCUCAGAUCAGAGAUGAGCUUUCUUGAGUGCUCAUAGCGUCUUUGCAAGUGACCGGAACACUGAUCUCCUAGGAUGCAAGAGACUUGUAAACUGGACUUGCUGAUUGCCGCUAGUUCUAAUGAACCAACAAACCUACCAUAGAGAUAUCAAAAUUUUCAAAAGUAGGGAGUCCAUGGCUUGGCUUUUGAAAAACUGGGGGCUCCGCAGUACUUAGCCAAUAGGGAACCAUGGAACUAAUGGAUAUCAGAAAUACAGUCGUUGUUAUUUGUGACUUUCUACAAAAAAAAAAAAAAAGAGUUUUGCCUCAAAGCGACUAAGAAUUUAAAUGUAUUUGUAACCACACGGCAAAUGUUUUAUGAUGCCUCUAGACAUAAGUAGUACAAGAGAAGGGAAAGAAAGGAGGAAAGAGGGUGAUGGAGAAGUAAACAUUGUUUGAUUCCUAAAAAUCAGAGUUUUGGAUGGGGUUUCCUCUCACCCAAGAUAGAACUUUGAAAAAUAUGAUAGCCCUGUUUGAAUUGGGAGCAGUUGCAGGAUAAGUGAAUGUGAUUGCUCCAUGGUGUAGGGGAAAGUACUGUUGCACACAUUAAAAUAUAUUCUAUUUUUAACUGUUGUUUCACUUGACCCAGAUUUGAGCUCUGUUGCUGAAAACAGAUUCAAGGGCCAAGUGUGGUGACUUGGAGUCCAGUUAAACUCUGACCUUGUUCCUGUAUAUAUAAACGUGAAGUAGCACAUAGGAAUGUACUAAUGACAAUGCAGGGGCACUUUUUCGUCUUCAACAGGUUUGCGAGGAGCUCCCUAUACAAACUUAGCUGUAGCUGCCAUGCAGUGCAUGUAAAUCAGCUGUCCCCACCCUUGUCCAAAUAUUUAUAUUUACAAAAGGAAAUCAGCCUGGAGGUAGACUGCCCACAGGCAAUAACUUAGGUGAUAUGGUUUGUUGACUGCUCUGGGGACAGAGCCACCUGCCAAACCACUUCUAGUAAGUCACAGGCACAUGAUGGGUUUUUGCAGAUGAAUCAUAGGUGCUAAAGUCUGUACUUGCUGAAGCGGUGAGAUGAAUUUCUUAGAAGGCUACUGUGAAAUACCACCCAAUCCUUUAUGUUAACGGCAUAAUAACUCCUUUAGAAACAACAGUCACUUUGUGCUGAUGAGAGCAUGAGCUAUUUAUUUAUACAUGAUGUGAUUGAACAGUGAGCCAAGAACUUUGAGGCUGUAAUCCUGUGCACACUUACCUGGGAGUAAGCCCCAUUGAACACACUGAUAUUUACUCCUGAAUUGAUGUGCAUUGGAUUGUGUGAUAUGAAAUGUUAAUUUUUAACCAUCUUUAAUUACCAUGGUAAUAGAUUGUGAUUGCCAUUUACUUCAUUGUCGUUUCAUCCAAAGCAUUUUCAUUCUUUCCAUCUCUUCAUCUUUCAUUUCCCAAUAUUUUCAGCAAUUGACCACUUGGCAGUGGGAUAGCAUGGGGGGUGCAGGGGGGCCCGGCCGCACCGGGCACAACUUCUGGGGGUUAGGGUUAGGGGGCGCAAAUCCACGGGUUAGGGAGCGCAAAUCCACGGGUUAGGGGGCGUAAAUUACUUGCCUUGCCCCGGGUGCUGACACCCCACGCUACGCCACUGCCACUUAGGGUGGGGUCUAAAUGUACUUGCUCUAGGAUAUUUUUUUGUGGCGGUGGUGAGGAGUGUACCUUAGACAAGGCACCUACCCUUAACCUGGGAGAAGUGGAACAUGCUAACAUGCCACAUCUGACCAUUUUUGGACACUCCACAAGAAGUGCGAAUGGCUGCACUUUUGGGGUGCUGGGCCCCUUUGCAGAUCUUGGCAUCACAGCAAAUGCCCAACUGCACCGCAUUCUGGUGCCAAACCAAGGGACCAGUGUAGUUUGUGUGAGCAAUAAAAAGUUUGUUCAUUAGUUUGUUGUAUUACAAGUAUGUUUAAAGCACUUGAUGUUUUAAAAAUCAGGUUUUCUAUAUCAGUGAUAGAUCUGGGUUUAAUUAAUAGUUUUUAUAAAAGCUGAAUGUAGAGUGGCAGAGAGCAGAGUUCUAAAGCCCUUCAGAAUCAUCAGCUUAAUUUAUUGGGCUGACCUUUCCCAGAAGCUCUGCUGCUCUUUUUGCCAGCAUCUGCUUGUGCUGCUCACACCGUGUCGUGUGUCCUGCCUCAAUUCCCACCUGUCUUCCUGAGCUGAGGUAGGGGAAGCUGCAUGAAAGAAGCAGGUGUAAUAUGUUAACGUUGCCCCUACGUGAAUCUGCCCAGUGACAUCUCAACAAGUCAUUCCUCCUGCACAUUUUGUGCUCCAGUGGCUUAGGUUUUAAAGAUAUAUUUUUAAUUCUGUUUACUGUUUCUGAUCAGUUGUACACUGCCUUGCUGGUUUACAGAAAGGCAGUAUAGAAACAUUAACAAUAAAUAAAUAAAUACCCACUACCCUGUUUCCUCACCCCUCUCUUUUCUUCUGCCCCACCCCUAAAACCCCUGACUGCCCCUGCUCUGUGGCUACCUUUAGUCCUUUGGCUUGAGCUGCUAUAAUGCCUCUUGCUUGGAAGCCCUCCUGCUCUCCCCUCCCCUCUGGUCUCCCAGAACUAGAAGAGGUAUGAAAAGGGCAGAGCAAAGAAAGGCACGGUGACAAAGUCAGGCAGUAGUGACACUUUCAACCCUUCAGUGUCGAGUUCAGGAUACACACCUGCUUUCUGUGUCCACCAAAACAUUUGACAGAAAUAAUUGCUAAGGAGCCUCCUCCCUACUGGGCAUGUGCACAGAAAUCCUCCCUAGCAACUCAACAAAAGUAUUUCUCUCCACUCAGCAAACUCUCCUUGCUUUCCGGAAAGGGGAGAGUUCUCACAGAAAAUAAUGGAGCCGCAGUUUGCUAGUCAUUCCAGCAGCUCCAUCUUCUGACUUCAGUCCUAGUGUGCCAUUGGUUUCUGUGCUGAGGUCAGGCAGAGCUGAAAGCUGAGGCCCCAUCAGAGAGAAGGAUGUCCUCUGCUGGGUUGCUUGCAGUGGCAGACCUUAGCAUCUCAAAUUUCUGUGGCGCCCUGUGCAAUGCCAAAAUCUGGUGUGUGUGUCCCUCCCCAACUCCCUCCUUCUGCUGGAUGUCGCAGUUGCAGCGCCCCAGAAUCUCCAUGCUUGGUGUGACCGAACUGGUCAAGCUCCCCUAGAUGUGCCUUUGUUGCUUGAAUUGGAUAGCAUUCCCAGGGAAGUUUCCUUGUGUUUUGCCAGCCACACAAUAGCUGCUGCAAUAGAAGGGGCUCUGAUUGCUACCAGAUGACUUGUUUAUUGAGCAUUUAUCUGAAUUUGUUUGCAGAGAGGUUAGAUGACACUGUGUUGAGACACUGUGUUGUUAUCCCACAAUUUCCAGUGCAUCUUCCCAUCAUUUUUUCUACCGGGGUCUGCUCAUUUUUUGUUACAGGGCCCUAGCAUUCUGCCUGUUUUGAAACAGAAAGAAGGCCUCAAUCUGACUGUUUUUGUUCCACUGGUAUCAGGAGCGAACAACUUCAUUGGAGAAAUUCUGGGUUUAUUUGUUCAGUUUCCUGAAAAUGUUGCAGAGCAGAGCGCUAUAGUCUUCUUUAAUGCUUUUAUGCAAACAGAGUACAGAGUACACUCUGAUUUAUCUUCCAGUCGUAUAUGCCAAGAAUUAAUGUUAGUUUUCCCAAUUAAUUAUAAUAUUUUAAGGAACACGAGAAUGAACAAAACAACAAGAAUGUCCCAAGCUUUAUUUAUGUUUCUUACUGUUUAAAUCCAUGCUACCACAUAAUCCCCUUUAAGUUAAUUCAAAAUAGCCAAAAGGAAAGGACAAAUUUUAACAAAAAGCAACAUUUUAUUGAUUUUGAAAACGGUAUCUCCUUGUAAGUACAAAGGAGAAUUAGCCCACAGGGCUGCUGCAGCCAUCCUCAGCCAUACAAAGCCCUCAGUCGUUACCAAAGUACACUUAAAGCAAAGAUAGGGAACCUAUAGCUCACAUAUGUUGUUGAAUUCCAGGUCCUGUCAGGCCCAGCCACCAUGGCCAUUGUUCAAGGAUGAGAGAUUUAUAAUCCAACAACAUCUGGAUAGCCACUGGUUCCCCCAUCCUUGUUUUUAAGGUGUUUGUUUCAAACUUUACAAGAGGGUGGGGGGGAGAAAGGAAGGUCUCUCAGUCGUCCCCACUACCUCCAUGUAGUAAGAAGGAACUGAAUUUUUUUUUUACCUCAGAAUUUGCAAUUCAGCUCCUCAUUUUAACCAGUGGGGACUUUUUAGUUCACAUCACUGGGAGUUAAACUGUCCCUUCCAGCUUGUAAAAUACUCUGUGCUCUCUUAAUUAUUUGAAAUGGUGUGUGCACUGCAGUACUGGGUGAUUAAUCAAACCCCACACUACAUGUCACUUCUGAAACUCCCUUCUGUUGCCUGUGCUAGAUUUUAUUAAAAUUAUGCCCAUAUAAAUCAUCAUAACAUUUUCCUAAUCCCAUUACUUCCCUCUACCAGAGAGCAACCUAUGAUGAAAAUCUGGCUCGCAAGCUUCAGGGACCAAGCAAUGAUACCCCAAUCUUCAACUUUACAGCUCAGGAUGUAUUUAAGGUACAACCCUGCUAACCCUCCCAUCUAGGCUCCAUAUGUAAAUCUGAUGACUAGAAUUUGAAAAUCUGAAAUUCAGCCAUUAACACAAUUGGAAGUAGCAGGGAGUGUGUGUGUGUGUGUGUGUUUAUUUCUUACAGAAAAUACCUCCAUGAUACUUCUUGACAAUUAGUUGACAGUAAUUGACAUUUUUUGACAAUUAUGAAGCUGCCAAUUUGUUAAGAACAAGAAGGCUAUACUUCAAGACAGAUGUUCUGUAAACCCAUACAGUAAAGAAGCUCUAAAUUCUAGAAGGAUAUUAGCUCUAUGUGUUAUUAUUUAGUUAGUUAGCUAGAUAAUCCUAUCCUAUCCCAAAGUACUUCACAGAGACACUAUUAUUCCCAGUUUACAGGCUAAGAAUGAGUGACUUGUCAAUUCACAUUUUUACAGUUUUAACAUGGUACAAAAAGGGCUCAUUUAAUGAUAAAAUAUACAUAGUGAGCAUAUGUGCAUAUUAAAUGCCCAGGUUUCUAUCUGCAAUAGAGGCAGAAGCAAUGAUUAAGAGAGGUCUGGGCUCCUGUUUCUGUGCAUAUUGCAAGGAAACCCACACAUUUAAACACAUAUGCUGCCUGUUGCACAUCUAGUUUGCCUUUUAAUUAGUUAAUUAAUUAAUUUUAUAAAAUUUAUGUACCGUACUACUUGAUUGUAAAAAACCCUCAAAGCAUUUUAUAAAAGGGAAAAAUUCACAACCAUACUUUUAAAACAUACAAAAGUUAAAAUAUUAAGCCAGUUUAAAAUUACCUCAAGUUAAAUACGUCAAGUGUGAAUACUACAUCUAUUGACUGAGCUGAGAUAUAUGAUUUCGGGGGUCCAGCACUUCCCUGGUUCAGACUGACCUUAGUUUUAGCAAUUUUGGAGGCUUAGAUCACAAAGCAAUAAGCAGAAUGUUUGACCUUUUUUAUCUACUACCAUGGAAUAAGUGCUUUCAGUUGGCAACUCUUAGAAGCUCAUGCCUUUCUAUUUUGCAAAGGCAUUCUGUAACAACCAUCAGAAGCAAGUAACUGAGACAGGAAUUUGCUCCAUUUUGUAUAGCAAUUUGCUGAGGCAUGCUUCAUGAAAGAGAAAACUAAACAAGGUGAAAUUCUAGAAGGAUAGGCUUUGCAUGCCAGCUGGUGAAAAGCCAUGAAGCACAGCCAACCCAAAGGUGAUCUGACGACCCCCAUCUAGUGGUGGACUCAUGGCUUCAUGGCUCAGUCUUUCACUGUUGGAUGAACUUAGGAAAACCAUUCUCCUUAAGGACAUGUUUUAAGGAUCAAAUUCAAUGUGAUGCAGAAGAACCAUAAUUAGGAUGCCCCGCACACACUGAGAGAGAAAAAGAAAAGAAAGACUCCCCAUAGCACUGGGGGAAGAGGGACUUAACCAUCCCCACCAUAUAGCAUUUUCCCAAUUAAAAUUGUCCUGAUGUUAUCUGCCUUGCAGUGAAAGAUUUAUAGGAAGUUCGGUUUAGCUCGGAAGCCCUUCAAAUUCCAAAAACAAACGUUUGAUUCCAUGCAAGGAGGAAAGAUGGACAUUAAAAAAAUAACGCACACAAGAAAGCCCACUAUCAACUUGUUUGUUCUCGUUGUCAGAUUUAAGAUAGAUUGGGACAAAAUUAAAACAACCAAUAUUUAUUUAUUUAAAAGGAGUACAAUACUAAAUACAAAAAUACACCAUAAAAACAAUAAAACAGUAUCCUAAAAACAGAGAUACAAUGUACAAACCAGUAAAAUGGUAUUAUAUAAACAAUAAUUCAGUAGUAAACAGGAUCUAGUCAAAUGAGUCACGGAAGUACCUGUCAACAAUUAUCUAAGUUAUUUUUAGCUUGGGAUACAAAUUUUUAUAACUAAUUCAGUUACAUAACAUUGUGCAUCCAUGACCUGGAAGGCACUAAGUACAGUAUACUGCUCUCAAGACUUUCCCUGGGAAGCGAGAAAUUAAAGGGGAAAUGUCUGGUUAUUUUAUAACACAAUAACAGAACACGUAGCAUAUGUUCAAACUCUUCAUUAGCACAUGGACAAGUAUCAUAUGGUGGGUGCCUGCAUGGUUUUCCCUGCUGGAAAAAACAUGUUUUGGAGUGGGGGAGGCGUGCUUUUAUGCAGGAAAACGUCAUGAGGGAAGGGGCCGAAUCCCCUCCACCAGUGCCACAGUCCUGAUCAAAUUUGGGGACUCCCUGCAACUGCUAAUACUUUUCUUAAAAAAUAAGGGGAGAGUUGUGUUUAAUAUCUUCCACCUUUUGCCUAGUCCUAGUCAGGUGUUAAGCUGACACUUAAGAAGCUUCAACCUGCCAGUCUCUGUGUGAUGGAAGAGUAACAGUGUCCUCUCUGCUAUCUAUGCACUUCCAUUAAUGUUUAGUGCUCCUGACAAAAGCCACACACAUGCAGGCAACCAUUUUUGUGCAAUCCUCUUUUUUGAAGGUGAAGAAUCUCACAAAUUGGGCACUUUCAGCUCUAAUCUUCUCAAAAUUACUUCAAUGGGACUGGAUCAUGCAUGCAUAUUUUUGACUGGAUCGUUGCAUUCAGUAUCUCACAUUCCAAUAGUGUAGUUUUUUGAGUGAAGCCAAAAUCUGGCCCUCAGGAUAAACAAACCAAGUAUAAGAGGAAAUGUACGUGAUGUGUCCUUUCAUGAGGCUGCAGGCCUCUAACCCUUUGUAGUUUAGCCAGGUGACAUCAGGAGCAAGACUCAGGAUAACUCAGGGUGCCUCCAAAUGAAAUGUUUAUUGAGCAUUUAUCCUAUUUUGCCUGAGGCUUACAUGGAUAUUACACUAUGUCCAGUCUUUGUUCGGUUUUUGUACUGAUUUGCUUAUGGGGUGUUUAUAUAUUUUCUGUUAAUUGCUUGCUCAUUCUACACUUUUCAGUGCAUUUUCCUGUCGCUUUUCUAUCUGCAAAAUGUCUGGGGGGGUGUUAUAAGUAGAUUUAUUGUGUUAGGGCAACAGAACGUUUUUAAUCCGCUUUAAUUGCAAAAACCUAAAUUUCUAGUACACACUUGAAGUCUCACACAAAAUAGUGAUGGUCUGAAGGCAUUGUCAGUUCAUUUUGGGGAGAGCAAGGGAAGGAAGCUGGAGUAGAAUGGAGAAAUCCAAAACCCGUUUGAUCUCACCCAUGGUAAAAUCAGACGUUGAAGUCAUGUCUCAAUGCACACGUUUCAUUUGGAAAGGUCCUACUGCUUGGUUCUGGGGAUAGCCAGUCUCUAUGAAGAUGGAGGAAACAACAUUGAAGUAUCUGCUGUGAACUGUGAUUUCAGCAAUAUAUUGGAGUACAACUUUUGUAACUAAUCAUGUCCCUCCACUGGGUUAUAUUGCAGGAAUAUAAAAUUUCCAGCUUUGAGCAGAGGUUGAUGAAUGAAAUAGAGUUUCGCCUUGAACGUACCCCAGUGGAUGAAUCAGAUGAUGAAGUUGAGCAUGAUGAGAUCCCUACGGGCAAGUGCAUUGCCCCAAUCUUCGACAAGAGACUCAAGCAUUUCCGUGUCUUGGAAGGGUACCCUGCUACCUUCACUUGCAAAAUUGUUGGAAUUCCUAUACCUAAGGUAGGUGGUGCACAGAAAUCCAAAAGGGAAGACCAUGCUGGAGAUGUGUUUUAAAUGUAUAGUGUAUAUGAAGGCUUAGAGUACAAUGCCUUGUGAUCACCUAGUAAAUUAAUUUGAAUGUGGUGGGGAAGGGCUUCUUGGUGGACUGUUCAAUCUGAAGUAGCCCAUGAGAAGAAAUGAACCAUUCUCCAUUCAGUUGGAUUUACUUUUUGGCGAGUAUGUAUAGGAUUGUAGCUGUAGCAACUAUCAGAGACAGAUUUAGGAGAGCACAACCAGUUCAGCUGCACUGGGGGCUGAGCCUCGGGGGCACCGCAACAAUGGUGUAGAAUGUAGUCUGGUUGAGUUCAGUGAGACUUACUCUCACAGGUAAGUGUGCAGCCUAAGUCUCCUUUCUUUACAAUCACGACAGGUAUAUUGGUUUAAGGAUGGCAAGCAGAUUUCAAAGAAAGAUGGACAUUUCAAGAUGAUCAGGGAGGGUGAUGGGACAUGCUCACUGCAUAUUGAAGAGACCACGAAUGAUGAUGAUGGAAACUAUACAUUCAUGGCUGCAAAUCCACAGGUAAGGGUUUACUUCCCUUUAAAAAUGUAUUGCACCCCUUCCCCCAAGCUUUGGAAAGUCCAAUUGACUAGUACCACUGUUAUAUCAUAACCAUUCAUUGGUCUUAAACACCACAACAGCAGCAAUGAGGAAGGAGACAAUUUAAUGAAUUGUGUUACUUCUCUCCUAUAUCGUUCUGACAGGGGAGAAUCAGCUGUUCUGGUCACUUACUGGUUCAAACUCCUCCAAUGCGUGGUAGAUUAACAACAGCAAUCCAGUCACACAGGUAAAAACAACCAACAACACCUGAUCCUUGGUGUGUAGAUAUAUUGUGAGGUAAGCAUGAGUGAACUGGGCAAACUGAAGCUAUGGUGGGUUCACCAGCAGUGAGCGGAGGGAGAUGCCCAAAGAUUAAGCUUGGCUGGGGAGUUCAUCUUUUUCUAAGAUGGCAGCCCUGCCUCCCAAGCUCAUCCCAUGUUUACAGGUUUUUGCAUUGCAGGGGAAGAUCCCGUAUACCAGAAGGAGAUAAGGAACCCGUCCAGGAGCGAUUUUUCCGGCCUUAUUUUCUGCAGGCACCUGGGGACAUGGUAGCUCACGAAGGACGGCUUUGUAGACUGGAUUGCAAGGUUGGCUGGCUUUCUUUGUUUGCCCUGUUGCAUUAGCAUUUGAUCAUCUCUUCAGAGAAAAUCAGUGCAGGCUGGGUUCAGGCUGAUCACCACAAAAAAACGACAGCAACAAAACUCCAAACUAUCAGUAUGUGACUUUAAAACAUUUGGCUUUUGUGGAAACUUUCAAUCCAGAGAAAAUCACAAGCCUGGAGGGGAGCAGAGGUAAUUAAAGCCACCAACUCUCUUCUUGCCCCUGUCACAGCCAUACAACCCAAAUGUGUAACUACAAGUAGAAAUGAACAAAAUGCACUCUUCGAAGGAAUAAAUGGCAACAUAAGCAAAUGGAUCAUAAAAAAUAUAUUUUUGAUAUGGUCUGCUGCUCCCCCCGCAAAAAAAAAAGAAUGACAAGAUGAACAGCACAGCGGCCCAGUUCAGGCAUAACAGAAUUUGUCGCCCUCUGUUCCUCUUUAACACUGUACUUCAGCGGGGGUGGGGGCCCUCUUCCAGCCCUGCACCACAUCCUACAUUAAAGCUUGUAACUUACAAAGAUGGCAUGAAUUUCCUCACAGUUUCCUCUUGAGAAUCUUUGGAGCACCAAGAAGCAAAACAGAAAUGGAACAAAAAGUGAUGGAUGUUUUAAUCUCACUCUGGACCUAAUCUGUUUUACUUAAAGGCAUGGAUGGGGAAAUUUAAUAAACAACAACAACAAUAAUGUCACUGUUGGUUUUUGUUUGCUUGCUUUUUUGUUUGUCUAUUAGGUGAGUGGGUUACCACCUCCUGACCUGAUGUGGCUUCUGAAUGGCAAGCCAGUUUUACCAGACACCACUCAUAAGAUGCUGGUCAGAGAGACAGGAGUGCACUCUCUGCUUAUUGAUCCGCUUACACAAAACGAUGCUGGAAUUUACACUUGCAUUGCCACUAACAAAACAGGACAAAAUUCAUUCAGCCUGGAGCUUAGUGUUGUAGGUAAGGCUAUUUUUAGAUGUUUAAUGCAGAGGCUACAUCAUGCAUUGCAGUGUCAUGGUUCCGUUGGCAAAAACAGAGGCAAAUGAAAAUCCUCAUUAUUCGAAUUUAUUGUGUCUCUUGAUACUAAGGAAACUUGCCCCAUUUCAUACCUGAAGGAUGGAACCAACCUUUGUCAUGCAGAAUAUUGCUGGAAUUACAUGAGAGUAAGAAGCACCUUGCUAGGGCACUUACACAAGGAGACCUAUUUUAAAAGGCCUUCCCCCAUCAGUGGACCGUUAAGGAGAAGGCAGCCAAAUCCCCUUACCUUCAAGCUCCUAUGCCAUGGCCACUCUUACUGGACCCUGACAUCACACAAAUCCAGGAUUAUGAUGUGGCACUACAGGUGCUCCUGUAGGGGGUUUGUGUGACAACAGCAUUGUAUUUAUUUGUAUAUUGGAAGAAAGGCAGAAUGCAUGUUUUUUUUUUGAAAAGCAAAUCAAUCAACAGUGGACUGCUAUCAGUGAUUCCUUUCCUCCAGAGGAAGCGCCUUUUUUUGGAGGAAGGGAACUUUAAUAUGUAAUCUGGUAUAGUGAUAUGAACAUGGCAGGAGGAAAACAGGGCUGAAAAUGAUCAAGCUUCUGUCUGCCAAUUCCAGCAAUUUCCAUUAAGAAAAAUGUGUCUUUGCUGUAAGAAGGUUUGUACUCAUGCCCUCUCCCUGCCAACAGACAUACAGUACACAAACAGAUACAUACACAUAUUUUGGGGACUUCCAGAAACUAUACUGUUGUGAAUUGUAUUGUUUCCGAUGGUGGGCUGCAAUUUGUCAAAUAACCCUGGAGAAUCACAUGAGUAAUUUUGUAGCAUUAUAAAUUUUGUUUGCAGGUCUGAAUGUGAACAUUGAAUUAAAAUGUGGUCCAGUGGAGCUGGGGGCAGGGUGAGGGGUGAGAGAGAAACCAGAUAGGAGAAUCACACAAGCCUUUGGUUCCAUCUUUUCCAGAAAAAGAAGUUAAGAAAGCUCCAGUGAUUCUUGAGAAAUUACAGAACUGUGGAGUACCAGAAGGACAUCCAGUCCGGCUAGAAUGCAGAGUGAUUGGAAUGCCACCCCCAGUCUUUUAUUGGAAGAAAGACAAUGACACCAUUCCUCCCCAUAGAGAGAGGAUGAGGUAGCUUUAAAUAUCUUAAAAAUGGGAUAAUACCUGACAUUCUACAAGUUGGGAGGCAUUUCCUUGCUCAGGAAAGUUAAUAUUAUCCUGCAUAAGGCCUAAGAAACAGCAAGGACUAAGUUCCAAACACGAAGUCCAUAUUACCCAUGAAGUCUAUUUUAUCCACCAUAAGGGCUGGAGCAUGUAUGGCUCUGUUUAUACAGGUUUUGUGUAAGAAGACUGCCCUAUUAAAGAGAGGGAUCCUGCAGCAGAAGUCUUUAUGCCUGUAAAUUGCUGCGUAAGCAUGCACUGAACAACCACAAUUGGCCAUGGCUGCAUGUACUUUGUAUGUAUUAUGUAUGUUUGCAAGUAAACAAGCAUAUAAACACAGAAAAUGUUUGUAAGAAAAGGUAUCGUUCCUAGUGUUGUUCCAUACAAGAGGAGCAAUGCAACAUGUCAUUUCCAGGACACCUACUCUAGUCUAAGAAUUUAGGUACACUGGGAAAAUUUUCUUUCUCAUGGUUACUACUGUUGUAACUGGGAGAGAGGGACAGAUGUGAACAUUGAAAGGAAAUUGCUCAGUACUGCCUGGCAGCAGCUUUCUAGGGUUUCAGAUAGAAGUCUUUCCCAACCUUACCUGGAGAUGCUGGGUACUAAGCCAGGCCUUACACAAAAUAUUUGUGUAGUUUCCUUUCCUUGUAUGGUUAUAACAGCCCCAGUUAUAGCAGCGCAUAACCCAAGAACCCUUGGUAUUUUUGUUUUCAGUAUGCAUCAAGAUGCUACAGGGUAUGUUUGCCUUCUGAUUCAGCCCGCUAAGAAAGUAGAUGCUGGCUGGUACACUUUGUCUGCAAAAAACGAGGCUGGUAUCGUCUCUUGCACUGCUAGACUUGACAUAUACGGUAAGUAGGUAUAGUUUAAGUCUGGGAUGCAGAACCUGUGGCCAUCUGGGUGUUGUGGGACUCAACUCCCAUCAGGCCCAGCCAGCAGGGCCAAUGGUUAGGGAUGGUGGGAGUUUGUAGCCCACCAAUAUCAGGAUGGGGGCUCAGCUUCCUCAGCCCUGAUUUCAGUAAUAAAAUAAUUGAACUGAUAUAAUUCACCAAUACCAAUUCCAUGCUGGUAGCUUGUUGCCUUUUCUCAUCUUAUUCCUCUGUUGGGAUAUUCUCUUGAAUUUAGCAUUGUCCUUUUAAUUUAGAGAUCUUUUGCUUGGUUGACAUAAUAAAGGGAGAUAAGUUUGCUCAGGGCUAUGCUGUUUCAGCUGAACUGAGACUCUUGAGAUUCCAGGUAGAAUAUAUGGAUGAGCUUUGAACAGAGGGUGACUAGCAAAGACAGCAACUUAGAUAAUGGGGAGGCAAUUUAGAAGCAGCUUGGUCCAAGUUGGAUACCGAAGAGUCAGGAAGACAGGAUACAAACAAAUAGAAUGUAUUUGGUGGGAUUAAGGAAGGGAAGGGACUGGCUCUGGGGGAGUAGAAAGUAACUUAUUAUCUGCUUUCGCCACAUCCAUUUUUGUGCCUCUGCCAUGCCCAUUUUACCCUUGGCCACAAAAGGCAUUAGCCAUCCCUGUACUAGGGAGUUCUCUAAUUUGAGUAGCUUGGGAACAGUUGACAACUGGAAACAUCAUGUUCCCACUAGUUCUUAGGUUUCAGCUUGUGUGUUUGUAGGGGUAGACAUUCAGUGUCUUUGUGUAUGAUUGAAGAGAGAUGUUUGAGAUUCGUGUACGGUGUUUAUGAUUUUUGUUGUUGCUUUUGGCUCCAGCCCAGUGGCAUCAACAGAUCCCUCAGCCAAUAAAGAUUCGCCCUGGUGGCACCCGAUAUGCAAAUCUCUCGGGGCAAGGACUCGACAUUUUUUCUGCUUUCUCGACUGUUGAGAAUCCAGUGCGGUUUUCGUCACCAUCCCAGCCUGUGGUAGAAAGUGAAGAACUUUAA